GCAGAAAGCAAGAACAGAGGAGAGGAGCGACCCAAACACAGAACCAUGACAAGCUAUAAACAGAACCACCCAGUGAUAGAAAGUAACACAGGCAGCCCAAUGAAGAGGACAGAUGCAUCAUCUGCUUUUUAAAAAAAAAAAUGGGUAUUUUCUUAAAUGAAUGCUGUUUGCAAUCAAUAGUUUUGUUAUUGUUGCUCUACCUUUGGAUAAGAAGGGCAAAGUCCAAAAAAAAAAAAUGCAACUCCAGAACAGAGAACAAAGUCAAGAAUUUAAGAGAGAGAGAGGAAAGCGUAGCUAUUAUUUUUCCCUCCCCAGCAAAACAAAAAACCAGGCCAUGCACAGGAUGCAGCCUAACUAAUACAGAGCCCCUGACAAGGUCGUAGCACUUGGAAGGGACAAGAUAAACCCCAAGGCGACCGUCUCCUCGUCACCUGCUCUGGCUCUCUCUCUUUCCCACCCCCCACCAACCGCCUCCAACGUUCCCAACGGAAAGCCAGCGCCUCUUUCAUGCCCUCUCCUCCUCGGCUGUCCCUGGGAAAGAAACGCGUGACCCAAUAAGAGAGGAAAAGUGAACUAAGGGUGGCAAGGGGGGGGGGGCGGAGAUAGGAGAAGAAGAAGAAGAAAACCACAACAUUGAAAGGCAAGGCUGAGGGAAUGAGCGAGAGGAGGAGGAGCCCCGCUGCCUCGCCAAGGUAAGCCUGAGGUAACAGGAAGGAGACCUUGUCCAGGAAAGAGGCGGCGCGGGGGGGGGGCUCUGGAUCGCGCGCAUCCUGGAGAAGGGGGGGGCAAAGCGAACUCCCCCCCCCUUUACCCGUUUGCCUGAAGAGAGCGAAGAGGGGCGCGCUUUAAUGGGCGCGGAUGGAGGAAUGAGGGGGGGGUGUCAGUACCUUUCUCUUCCCUCCAGACCUUUUUCCGCUUGUUCCCGGGAUACAUGGUGCUGUGGCUGGCGGAGGCUUUGAGCUGCAGGUUCCCCAGGCUCACGGGCGACGGGGGAAGCGCGCCGACCCGGCUGCGGGGCUCGAGCGAGAGGGCACAGCUUGCUCCGCUGUGGCGGCGGCGGCGGCGUCUUCGGCGGUGAUGCUUGUCGCCCUGCUGCUGCUGCUGCUGCUGCUGGGCACCUCCUCCUCCUCCUCCUCCACUCGCCUCCUCCCUCCUCUUAUCUCUCUCUCACACACACACUCCCCUCACAGCGCUCGCCGACUGGGUCACGCCUCGCUCUAACCCGACAGACACCCCCGCAGCGCCCGCCUCCGCCGCCCGUUGGCCCCGGCAGACGCCGCUCAAGCGACGCGCCCCGCCCCCUGCGCCGCCGCCGCCGCCGCCGCAGCAACGAUUGCUUAAAGGGGCAGGGAGGCAUAAUGGAGGGAGCGGGAGGAGGGGCACCUUGACAGGCAGGGGGAGCGAGGGAGGGGCAAGAGGCAACAAAAGGGGAGGAGCUAGAUCUCCAUUGGGGUCUGCCACCUCUGUGCAUCCUGCCGCCUGAGGCGGUUGCCCACACCUUGCCUCAUAGGUGGGCCGGCCCCAGGAAGAGUGGGCUUCUCUGUGCUACCUGUGUGAGAGAAGUGACAAGGGUGCACCUGAAGUGGAGGUUGCUCUAAGGCACAUCCCGGUGCCCAGAAGAAGAAGAAAAUGGGUUUAAGGCUUGGGUUUCGGAGCUGCAGACUACCUUCUGGGCACAUAUCCUUAGAGCCACUCACUGCUAGGCUGCAGCUCAGUAACUUAACUUUAAGACUUAUUGAACUUAAGUAGGGACGUUACCUGCAAGUGGAGCAAGUAGCUAGGUAUUAAAAAUAUCAUUACGUUCUCGCCAAGCACUGAGAAAUUUGAGGUCUGUUAAAGUUGCCCGAGUUUAGUUCCCUUCGGAAGUAGGUCACAGUUAAAAGGUCGCAGGAUUUUUAUUGACAUUUUGUAAUAUCUGCACUUAUUUACACAUACAGAGUGAGCACAGAUGUGGACAUACUUAAUAACACGGCUAACCAAAGUCCGCUGCUCUGAUGUCAGAUCUCAAGGGGACAUCCAAAACUUUUAAGAUGCUUAACAAAAAUCAGUUCUCUGUGCUAUUUCAUAUGUGUGUGAUUCUCGUCACACAGCGACAUCUGCAUUACCUCAUCCUUAGCUAGGGGUCUUCUGCUACCUUUUCUGAUUUUUAUAUUCAUAACAUUCCCAAAGUGAUUCUGAAGUAACAAUUGUCUAACCAUUUAGUCCCCAUGGCAACCCAACAACAGAAUUUACUAGAGGUGUCACAUAAUACUGUUCAGCAUUGGUAAGAACUCACUCAUUUAGUGUGGCAGAGCACACUACCUCUUGAGAUCAAGCAAGUGCCUUCACUGUACUCUUUUGUAUGCCUGCUAAAUUUUAAUCUGUUUCAGUAUUUUAGUAUUUAACUUUUGUAUGUUUAAAAGUAUAUUUUAAAACAUGUUUGUGGUUUUUUCUUGAUUUACUUUUUUUUGUCUUUUGUAAACCACUCUGAGGUUUUUUCUACACUCAAAUUUCAUUCAUUCAAUAAAUAAUAAAUUUGUGCCUAGCCACAUCUGGCCAGCAAGUUUGGGCAACAUUCUGCCCAAUCUUCUAACACCAUGCAUUCUGCCCUCCUACAGUCUGCAGUGGUCUGUUUUACUCACUCCUCAUUCUACCACUUCAUUCUUCCUCAUGGAGCUGUGCAGAUUUAAAAGUGUAUUAAAAGGUUCUCUGAACAUGGCCAUACUCCCACACAGCCUUUGGUAAGCCCAUACACUAAAAUUCUGUGGAAUCAUAGAGCAGACACCACCAGAACAACUUACCGUAUUUAUUUAGAGCAUUUAUAAUCAGCUCUUUAGCCCAAAACAUACCAGAGUACCUUACAGAACAACAACAAUAAUAAUAUAAUAAUAAUAACUAAUAAACAGUCCCAACCCUCAGGUUUACAUUCUAGCACACCAUGGCACAAAAAUGAAAAGGGAGAGGGCAGCAAACUCAAGGAGCACUUUAAAUUAGAGUUACAACAGACCAGCUGCAGAGCUGUAGCUACGGGGUGGCGGGAGCCAGGAUUUCCCCCCUUGGUAAAGCCUCCAGAGGGGUGCCAUUGAGGCUCCCAGCCUGUGUAUAUGUGCAUGGGUGUAGCCAGGAUUUUUCUUGGGGGAGGUGGCAGGCCCUCAAUUAGCUAUGUCUUUUUAUUGAUUUUUACUGAUGGGGGGGCAGCUGCCCCUCCCUUGGCUACACCCAUGUGUAUGUGCGUGUAUACAAAUAUGCAUGGGUGUGUGGGUGUGCCAAACUGGGUCUUUGACCCGGGUGAAAUGAAUCCUAGUUUUGUCCCUGUCAGCUGGAAUGGAAACUGUUCAGGUAGCCUGAUGACAGGUGACAAGGAAGAAGAGUGAAAGGGUGGAUGAUCUCUUAACAGAGCUUAUAGAAUAGUCCUUAUUUUCCGCUCUUUGCGUUCUGCACUCUUCCUGGUUUGGUUUGGUCCAGGUGUCGCUGGGACUACAAUACCCAUCAGCCACAACCCAGUUGGGCCAACGGUUAGGAAAUAUGGGGGACUUCAGCAACUCCAGGUGCCCCCCCCCCCAAUUUGCAUGCAUCAAGAGUGCUGGUGUGCAUUCAGCUUGCUGCCUUAAAACGCCUGCCCAGCCCCUGGAUUGGGGGGCGAAAAACAACACCCCCUUGCUGCUUCUGUUGCUCCCAAGCAGCGGCUGCUGCCGACACCAAAGCACAACCGCCCUGCUCCUCCCCGCCGCUGGUUUCAAAGCGAUCUGAAUUUCGCCUUCCUCCCAAACGCAGCACGCGGGAACACCAGAGGCUGCAGCCGUCUUUUUCCGGGUCAGCAGGAGCAGCGGGGCCGUGAUUGGCUGGCAGGAAAGAAGGCGGUUGCUAGGUAACCGCGUCAGGGCAGAACCUUGGGGAAAACGAGGCGGAGCCGACGAGGCGGCGGCGAUGCUGGUGGCAGGCAAGGGAGGCGCCUCCUCCCGAUUGGAUGAAGGCGCCAGUUGACUUGGGAGGGCGCAUAGUGUGGCAGGCUGUCCUCUUCUGUUCCUUGUAAACAGUCUGAGUAGCUCCUUUUGCAGAGCAGCGGCAAGGAUGCCUUGCCCAGCCUAGCUCCUGGUCCUGCCUCUCUUGGGGGAAUCCCAAAAGCAAAGGAAGUAUUUGAGAUGAAGGCUCCUCUUGUAGCACUGGUUUUGAUGGCCUUCUGGGUCACAGUGCAUAGUGGGUAUCUGGUAUUAUCCUUGUUUUUAUUGUUUUAUUUAAACACACAAAAAACCUUAAUUCACACGCUCUUUAAAAAGAACUUUUUUAAAAGGCAGUUGUUGAUCACUAAGCAUCUUAUCUGGAGGGAGAAGAAGGGGUGUCUACUUGACUAAAAUAUUGGGGGGCAGGUAAGCCCUACCCCACAUAAUCAAUCACAUAAUGUGGCACACGUACAUGAUUUGAAUGGCAAUGCCCAUUAAUUUGGGCAGUCCCCUCAAAUAUUUUAUUAGGGGCCUGAAGUGACCCCUAGGAGUUGGCUCUUAUAGGAAGAAGAAUGGUAUUUCUAAUUGAGCACUGAUUCAGAUGUGACACUUCUUCCCGUUUAUGCCCAUAUUUUAUUUUAUUGCAUAGAUACUCCACUUUUUCUCCAAAGAGCUCAACGUUGUGUGUAUUGCUCCCUCCCUCCCUGUUUUAUUCUCACAACUCUGUGAGGUAGGUUAAACUGAGAGACUAUGACUGGCCCUUGGUCACCCAAGUGAGUUUCAUGGCUGGAGUGAGGAUUUGAACCCUGGUUGCCCAGGUCUUCAUCCAACACACUAACCCAAGGGUAGGCAACCUCUGGCCCAUGGGCCAGAUGCGGCCCAGUUGCCUUCUCAAUCCGGCCCAUGGAUGGUCCGGGAAUCAGCGUGUUUUUACAUGGGUAGAAUGUGUCCUCUUAUUUAAAAUGCAUCUCUGGGUUAUUUGUGGGGCUUGCCUGGUGUUCUUACAUGAGUAGAAUGUGUGCUUUUAUUUAAACUGCAUCUCUGGGUUAUUUAUGGAGCAUAGGAAUUCAUUCAUAUUUUUUUCAAAAUAUAGUCUGGCCCACCACGUGCUCUGAGGGACAGUGGACCGGCCCACGGCUGAAAAAGGUUGCUCACCCCUGCUUUAACCACUACACCAUGCUGGGGAAAAGCCAUGGAAUUACCACAUGUAAUAAUCACACAUGCAGCUUUAAUACUGUAAUAGUGGAAACAGAUUUAGAAUUAGCAUCACUGUUUCCUAAAAGCAUGGGAGUGAGUUUGAUUGCAUACAGACAAUCAAAGUAUUUUCAAAUACUUGGAGGCAGUACUAUAGCAGGGCUUCCUAGCCUUUUGGGGCCAGUGCAUUGGCAUAUUUGCAAACCUGAAAAACUGGCAUACCCACAAAACACACACUACAGGCAGGCACUCAUGCAUGCACACUCACUCCACGCUGCCACCAGCGAUUAGGCUUGAAUUAGGGGGAGGCCGCAAGCAGGAAGGGAAGGGUAUUCCCCCUUCCUCAAUCACCCUUUCCACAUUGUAGUUAGCCUGGGGGGGGAGCCUUUUAUUGGCUGCAGUAGAAGGGAUCUUUGAAAUCUAAUUGUGAUGGGAGGGUGUUUGUGGUGGUGGUGGUCGAAUCACAGCUAGGGGAAGCUACCACAUCCCUCUCCAGCUAAACAGCUCCCCCAAAGUCACAAUUUGAUUUGAAAAAACCCUCUGUUGGCUACAAUGAAAGGCUUCUUUCAAGCUUAACUCUAGCGCGGGUAGGAGCAGGAGAGCAGGACCUUGCAGACACAAGAGAAAGGCUAUGCAGGGGUGCCCACCCCUGCAUUACACAGAGCCAUCCUUUCCAGUAGUAAGCACUUUCACAUUUUGUGCUCUCUGAUCAAACAAGUUGUGCAAUAUAAGCACUACAGACCUGCAUUCAGUGGAGGGCUUGUUGUCUUGAAGCCCUAUUACAUGCACAGUCAAACCGACGUUCACACAUGAGCUUCCAUUUAAUGACUGCAGCUAGUCAUUCUUUCAGCCUCAUGUUUGAAAGUUGAAUUCAUCCCAAUCUAAUUGUGCAAAUUAUGAUUCCCCAUUUCAAGAUGUAUCUUAGAAUUUCUCAAACCAGCUCUCAGAAAUAUGGCCAACACUGCUGCAGUAAAGGUUUAAGUGACGUGUGUUCACUAGAGACAAAGGCGUACCUUGUGCCCUUGGCAAGGAGCCCCCUGGCCCUUGCACCCUUGGUGUCCUGCUGGGGAGGUGCCCCAGGAGCACAUUGGUGGGUGGGUGGGCUCCUAGUUACUCCAAGCCAGAGUGGAGAGGCAUUAUGUUUGUGGUCCCCUGAGCCUGUGCCAUUGGUGGGGGUAGACCUGGUCGCCCAUAGAUAUGCCCCUGAUUGGAGAGUGACCUAACAUUUUACAGUUAAACUAGUUUCAUAAUUAGAUUCCCAUAGGAGCAGCCACCUGAGAAGAGAAUUGAAAAGAUAAAGUGCCACUCUUGAAAAGGUCCUACUCCUUGCCCUACCACCUCUGAUAAAGAGGGGUUGAUGUUGGCCCUCAUCUGCAGAUCCCAAUAUAUUGCAGUUAGAAGAAACUAUUGGCUCCCGUCUCCCUGAAUUAUUUAUUUUACUUUCAAAAUCAGUAGUAAUAUAGAAGUAGACUGGUGGUGAAAGGAAUGCUGUAUUUUAUUGAGUACUCCAGUGGCACAUACUCCUAAGUUAAUUUUUUUAAAAUGUAGAGUUUUGUCUUCCUUCCGGCUAUAUUCUGCCAUUCAAGCAUAUUGAUUCAAUGUUUGAAGUGAAAUUGAAUUUUAUCAGAAGCAGUUUUGCAAUCCGCUAUCCUGAUGUUUACCAGUUCUUUUUGUACGUGCAAUGAGGAAUUUUCACAAUGGAGCGAACAGCCUCUUUCCUUUUCACCCUUUCAUCCCUUGCUCAUUAGAUUUGUACAGGUAUCAAGCUACUGAUGCCAGAUUAGGCUUAGUGCUACAGUAGUGCUAAGGAGAAAGUUGCUCCUGCUUAGUGCAACACUUCAGCCUUGCAGAUAAGUGCCAAUUAUUUACUAGCCCCCUAGAUAAAUGCUGCCUAUCUGAACAGAGGAAAAGGAAUUAAAAAUAAGGAACAGUCUCUCUCUCACACAUACACAUGCACACACACAAACACAGGCAGAGAGACGGAAGUCAGCCUUCUUUUUGGCUUCUGUCUGACUGUAGAUCUGCAUAGUUCUGAAGAAUAAUUAAAAUUAUAUUCAGAUGUUAAUAACUCUCCUCUGUAGCAUGUGUCUAGUCUUACAAUUUAUAAGUAAAUUGUAGAGCAUUCAAAAACCUUUAGAAUGCUAGAGUUGCCAAACAAAUCUAUAGUUUCUCCAAACCCAACAAGGAGGAUUACUCUCCUGUUCCCAGACAUUUAGAAGUGAACAGUGAGAUAGCUAAAAGGGGAAACUAUAUUCUAUUUUUAUAAUUUAGGGGGGAAACCUUACAGAGGUGAACACAAAUACUUAAGUCAGGGGGGAAUGAGCUGACAAAUAUUCAGUGUCAGUUGUGACAAUAACAAUCAAGGAGACUCAUGCUAUGUUUUCAGAUGAAGCUGGCUGCUUUUCUGAAAAUAAAUCUCUUAUGCUCCUCUUGAAGGUUGCCAUUUUGUGACUGACAGAGGCCCAGUGUUUUCAACAGUGGCCGAGCAUGCAGAAAUUCAGCAGGUGCAGCUUUCUAUUAGGGAAAGCUGUACCUGUUAGAUUUCUGCCUAUUGUGUAGCUAUUACAGUUAUGUGGAAAUCCUAAUAUUGGUUAUCAUAACAUAUUUUAAAAGUGAUUGUUAACUGAAACUUUGAUAAAGUCGCAAGCUUUGUCCAGAGUUGUAUGUUUUAGCAUAAAUGUCUGCAUUUCUGUUCCCAAUUAAGGCUGCAAUCAUACCUGGCAGCAAGUCCCAGUGAACUUACAACUGUUUUUUUUUUGUGUUGUUCAAGUGUGGUGUUUUUCAUGCAGGAAUCUUUGUAAUUAAAAUACAAAGUUUCUUCAAAAGAAGGGGCUACUUCAUUGUCACAUUGUAUAUAUUUUCUGCCUCUUCAGUCUAAUUUGUAUGAUUUAAUGAUCAAGUUGGUGUACAGAAAAUCCACUGGCCAUGUAAAACUAUUUCCUCCUCCUUAAAAUAUAAUGCUUUGAAAUAAGUUGUGCGGAAGCAUCCACAGUAUACCUUAUUAACCAAAGAGUAAAGCAAAGUAAAGUGAAAACUGUUAUACAGUGGUACCUCUGGUUACGUACUUAAUUCAUUCCGGAGGUCCGUUUUUAACCUGAAACUAUUCUUAACCUGACCACUUUAGCUAAUGGGGGCCUCCCGCUGCUGCUACGCCACCACCACGCAAUUUCUAUUCUCAUCCUGAAGCAAAGUUCUUAACCCAGGGUACUAUUUCUGGGUUAGCGGAGUCUGUAACCUGAAGCGUAUGUAACCUGAAGCGUCUGUAACCCAAGGUACCACUGUAUUCUGAUACCUGCAUUUGAUGGGUCUUGUAUCCAGUUUUAUACACUGAUGUUGUAUCUUCACAUUUGGUGACUGCGUUUUGUAGAGUCUGCCAUUUCUCUGUAGAAUCUGUUUCCUCAACUCUUUAAGUCUACUACACCCCCCCCCAAAAAAAACCCCACAGGCCAUUUGAUGCUGUCAGAAUAAUUUAGCCUGAUCUAAUUCUACUAGCUUUUCAGUCUAUUAAAAUGUUGGGAAAAGGUUUCCAUAAUAAGUAGAAAGUAGAGCUGACACCAUGGAUGGGAGACACAUACAGUGGUACCUCGGGUUACAUACGCUUCAGGUUACAUACGCUUCAGGUUACAGACUCCGCUAACCCAGAAAUAGUGCUUCAGGUUAAGAACUUUGCUUCAGGAUAAGAACAGAAAUCGUGCUCCAGCAGUGCAGCAGCAGCAGGAGGCCCCAUUAGCUAAAGUGGUGCUUCAGGUUAAGAACGGACCUCCGGAAUGAAUUAAGUACUUAACCCAAGGUACCACUGUAUUCAGUUCAGUUUGCAUUUAAAGGUGAACUUACCUAUCCACACUAACCAAAACAAUAGGGGAACUGAAACAGAGCCAUUAGCGAUGCAGUUCUCCAGCCAAGUAGAAUGUACAAAAAUGCAUAUACUAAGGUAAAGUGUGCAUAUAAAUGUAUAUUAUAUUGGGGGGAAUUGCCUUGCAAAUAUCUGUAUUUGACGUAAAAUUGCAUUUGAAUGUAUUAAGAGAAAUUUGCCCUAAAAUUCUGAUUAAUUUUAACGAAGCCUUCCCCCCCCCAAAAAAAAGAAAAUUGAAACCAUUUGUGGAAAUGUGGCAAACCAAACUUAUAAAUGUGAGAAAUGGAAAGAAGCCAAAAUCAACAUACAGCCGUACCUUGGAAGUCAAACAGCCUAGUUCUGGAACAUUUUGGCUCCCAAACAAUCGAAACAAACUUAAAACAUUCUUUUGGAAGCCGAACGUCCGAUAGGGCUUCCGCAGCUUCCAAUUGGCUGCAAGAGCUUCCGGCAGCCAAUCAGAAACCGUGCUUUGGUUUUCGAACAUUUUGGAAGUCAAACGGACUUCUGGAACAGAUUCCGUUCACUUCCAAGGUCCGACUGUAUUUGCUUGUUCCUAGGGAACACCACCUGGAGUAUCCUAACCGUGACUAAAUUGGCAACUGACUGGUGUGGGACUUUCCAUGAAUGAUAGGGCGUGUCUGCCAUUUGUGCCCAUGUGCACUAUACGUUUAAAGCAGUAGGAUACCACUUUAAACAGCCACAUCUUCCCCCAAAGAAUCCUGGGAAGUGUAGUUUGUUAAUAGAGUUGAUAGAAGACCUCCUAUUCCUCUACUAGAACUGCAAUUCCCAGAACUUCCUGUGAACAGGGAUUGAUUGUUAAACCACUCUAGGAAUUGUAUCGGGUUGGGUAGGAAUAGGGGUCUCCUAAAAACUCUCAGCACCCUUAACAAACUUUGGUUCCUCGGAUUCUUUGGGGGAAGACAAGACUGUUUAAAGUGGUAUGAUGCUACUUUAAAUGUAUAGUGCAGACCUAGCCAGCAUUAAAAAUGGUCAAGAAUGAUAGGAGUCUAGUGGUUACAUUGGCACCUUGUUAACUGGAGGGUUUUUUAAAAAUUCCUGUAUCUGAAACAAUUACGGUAUUUCCUUGUAGUCAGUCACCUGUUGACAUGGUGGUUACACUGUCAGAUUCUGCUUGUUAUCAGACCAUUAAAGCCUCUCUUUUCCGGGGGGCCACCAGGUGGCGCAUUGGAAGAUGGCCGACAAUAACAUCUCUCCGACCCACACGAGGUAAUUAAGAGGCUGCUAUGGGAAGUAUGCAGUCUCCCCCCCCCCCAAGGAUAUGGGGGGGGACUGCCUUGCCAGCGGUGGUCACAAUGCAUCCCCAGAUUCGAGAGAGGGGGGUGCGCCGGUCACUUGGCUAAGCCCUCGGUGCGGUCGGCUCUUCCCGGACGCCGUCUCCAAUUUGCGCGUGCUGGCUUGCUUUAACACGAAAAUAUAAUUGGAAAUAUAUAAUUGGAAGAUGUUAAAGCACAUACGUCAAGCAAAGGUCGGGAGAUAAGACUGCUGAUUAAUGGAUCUCUGGGAUCGGAGCAGCAGGCGAAGACAAAUAAAUCAAGAGACGAAGCGCCAUUAAGAAAUGGGUGUGUUUGGAGCUAAGAAGGUGGGGUGGAGGAAAAAACUUUUCUUUCUUUAUCUUAUAUGAGCAUAAAUAAUAACCCUCCACCCCAAAGAAAAACGAACCCCCGUAUUUUACUACACAAGCAGGAAUCUAAAAACUGUGUGGGAUGAAUUAAUGAUGAAUGAAGAGAGGAUUGGUAAAGAUCGGAGAAUGGAAAAAUUUUAUGACGCAGUUUUAAAAUGGCGUCUCGCAAGACAGGCUUGUUUAAGAAAGACGGGGGGAGGAGAACCAGGACUAUUUGAAAGUGAACGAUGUUUGGAAUUUGAUCUUUAACCUGGCAGAGCCCUCUAGGAGAUAUUUUACAAGCCUGAGAAAACUGAAGGGCAGACCGAAGAUAAAUUUUCGAAGGAGGAGUGGAAUGGCGGCUGUCCCUAUGAAAUAUGACUUGUGGAGUGCGUAAAACCCACGCAGACGAUGUUUGUUCUUAACCUGCCUGUGAAGAUGAUCAGAGAUCGCAAAGAAAGGAAUAUAUGACAACAACAAGAAGAUGAAGAAAGUAAAAAAGAGACUAUCUGGACAGAACUGGAUAGAACUGUUUAAUUAAAGCAGUAAUAGAAGUGAUGUUUGGAUUCUCGUCCGGAGCUUGAUGUAUGGGUACCCCCAACAAAAUUGAAAAAUUCGGCUGUAUAAUUUGGAAUUAAUGUGAUUUGAAAUAAUGUGAUAUGAUUGGCCUGUUAAUAAAAAUUAUGUUUAAAAAAUAAAUAAAUAAAGCCUCUCUUUUCCAGUGUUUGAAAUUAGUAGGCAUCUGUUUUUAACAUUUUAAACAUUUCAGUUAAAGGAGAGCCAGUAUCAGCAUAGUAAGAGCUCUUAGGUUUUUUACUUGCUUGUUCAUUUUGCUUACCAAACAAUGUUAUUAUCUUCUGUAAUAAGAGAUUGCUAGGAUAAAUGUGCAUCACUUUGCUUGGACUAAAUAUUGCCUCAGGUUUACUAAUGUAUGACAGUGGUUCACUCUAACAAAUGUUAACUAACUGGUUCACUUUAACUAAUGUUAAUCUUGUUCAUUCAUAAACCUUUGCGUAUUUGCCACCCUUAGUUAAUUUCAAGUUCAUUUUGUCUGCUUGGAUAACUGCAAGAAUCUGGAGAAACGGUUAUAUGGUCCCUAGAGCUUUAUUAUUCUAAUUAAACUUGUCAGAGAAAUUAUUUUAGGUCCACCAGAUAACAUAAAAAUUAAGCUUCCAGACAAAAGAGAGUAUUAAUUUAUAGCUGGUAUGUUUGUUCAUGUGAAUGUCAUUUUGUAUUAUACUGUAUAUGAAAGAAGUCUCUGCUGCUCAGUUUUCUUUCUAGUACAGCUGCACUUCACAGGGAAGUUAGAAACAAACACAGAAGCUAAAAGAAUUCAGUAAACUAGAAAAGCUAUUUAUCCCAGCAAAGUUGAAUAUGUCAGGGGUUCCCAGAUUGUGGUCCAUGGACCACCGGUGGACCAAGGUAUCAUUCAGGUAAACUGUGGUGUGUCUCUGGAUUUGUGGUUGAAGACAGGAGAUGGUAUAGCCAUCCAUUAAAUACUCCUAUUGAAUUUUAGUGUUUUUUAUUUCUCCCUUUAUUUCUUAUAUCAUGCUUUAUCUUAUUGCAACCUGAGCCUAUAUGGAGAGAAUGCAGAGCAUUCUCAACCCAAGAGGGUCCUGCUCCUUCCAUUGCUACAGGCUUGGAUUCAUAGACCCUAAACACUGUAUCUGACGCUCUCUGCAGCACGAAAUGACAGCACACCUUGAGCUCUGCCCUCCCACUCCAGCUUGCAAAACUGACACUUUUUACCGUUCGCUUACAUCACUGUCCACUGCAAAUCUGGAACUUCCCCACUUGCACUCUGGCGGAAUAGUCUCUCUCUCUCUCUUUUUUACUGAUCUGUUCUCUCUCUGUGUCUUUUCUUAAGUCAAUAACUAGGUCAUUCCAGUGAUUACCUCUUGAUGGCUUCUCUGCCAGGCAGUUUCCUGGACAGGGAAAGCCAACGAUUUGAAGUAUAACUUUCACCAACUCAUACCAAUGCUAUAAUAUGGUGCAUUUCCUUUCUUUUUUAGGCAAUGUACGUGCCCAUCCUGUUUGGUAGUUUGGAUGUGUUUAGCAAUAAACACAUCUUGAUAGCCCAAUCCAUUAUAUUAAACUACUGUAUUUUUUACUCUAUUAGACGCACCUAGUUUUUAGGGGAGGAAAACAAGAAAUAAGAAAGCAACGCAAAGCAUCCUGAGCGAAGAGGGAGCGCUCCUCCGUCUUCGCUCAGGAGGCUUUGCGGGGCUAUCCCUGAAGCCAGGAGGGCAAGAGGGAUUGGUGCGAUGAAGGCUCUCCUUGCCUGGGAGAGGCUGCUCGCAGCUAAGGCUCCCCCAAGAGCCGCGCUUCCUUUAAAGAGCGCGCGGAGUGUGUGUGCGGCUCUUGGGGGCUUUUCCACAAGGAGGAAGAAGGGUAGCCCUUCUCCCUCCUCAGGGAAAAGCCCCGAAGAGCCCCACACACGCUCCACGCGGCUCUUUAAAGGGAGCGCUGAGCAGAGCCUCCCGCCUGCAUUCGCUCCAUGAGAUGCACACACAUUUCCCCUUACUUUUUAGGAGGGGGAAAGUGUGUCUUAUAGAGUGAAAAAUACGGUAUUUAAAAGGGUUAGAUCCUGACCUACUGUUCUGCAAAUGGAAGGGCUCCUUUUGUUGGUGAGAAUUAUUGAGAUCCAGUGGAGGCUCCACAAUGGAAGAAGCGAAAGGGAAAUAAUUUCCAACUAUUUCCCAUUCUCCCUGUAACCCCCACUACCACCUUCCAUGUUGAUCCAGAGGGUCCCACAACCCUCCAAAGCAGAUUUUCAGGCAGCAUAGGGGAUUGCGGGAGGAAGCCUCAAAGAAUGUACAGUUCUUAGCCACUGUGAGCAACCCUGCUCAAAUUCAUUUUAAUGCUCAUUUUGGCGCAUACAAUGCUCUACAUUUUUGAAAGAGAUCCUGAGGUUGAAACUGAAUCCUUAAUGACUCUUUCAGGUUACAAACUCGUCUACCGUCAAUUUACAUUGAUUACUUUUUUUUGUAAUAUCUUAUCCUUCAGUAGCCUUGAGUUAAGGAAUACCAGACAAUCUCCUGGUCCUUUAUUAGUUCUCAUUCUAUUAUUUUUUAUUCUUUCCUCUCUUUUUUUAAUCUGAAGGAGGUUCAAGAAGGACCAAUCAGAAUGUAACAAAAUAAUUUCUUUGUAAAAGUCCUGUCUCACUGUGGGUUUUGUUUUUUGUUUUUGUGUGUGUGUGGACCAAGAUGGCUUCCUUUGUUUUACUGUAAAAUGUUCUUGUUUCUCUGUAACACCUUUUUGUUAAAAGUUGUACUCUAUUUGAUGUCUUUAUUGUUUUCAGAAUCAGAAGAAAUUCUUCAGAAUAAGAGAGGAGUUAACAUUUCAAAAGAGGUAAAACACUACCGCCUUUUCAAAAACUGCUUUGUUUUUGCUGUAUAUGAAUUUCAUUUUUAUUGUGCUUCUUAAAGUAUAUUAAAAUAAACAAUAAAUAACAGAUUUUAGCACAUGGUUCUUUUAUAUAUGAGACCAGUAUAAAUAGCAUGAAGAUUCAGUCUACUAUUGGGUAAAUCACUAGAUAAGGAAAGAAAAAGUAAAUAAUUGAAAAGAAAAGAGAUAUGUACUUGGAAAUAACACAUGCUGAGUAAGACAGUUGUUGAAGUCAAGGUUAUUGCCCCAAACUAGUAAUAGAUUGAAUCAUACGAAAAUGUGUUUUGUACGGUGCACAUGAUGAACUAUCCAUCCAGACAAUGUUAAAAUGCAUUCGGUUGGAUCCAGAUUAGGAAUGUAAUCCUAAUCCCCUUCCCCUUGAUGGUUGAGUGGCUGAGUUAGGAUGACACAUAGUUGCCUCUCUACCAGCCUCCACUAGCAGAGAGGAAUACUGUUGGAAGUCUCUGCCAUAGUGAAGGCUCCAGCUUUGCCUUAGCAGGUAGAAAGCUACGACUGGCCAUUCUCCCACCUGCAGUAGCAAGCAGAAAGCCACAAAAUGAGGUCUUUUGUGGCACAACCCACAGUGGCUAGAAUCUGCUGGAUCCUAAGCUUUGUGGAUCCCCCAAAGGAUCCUUUAAAAUAUCCACAGAAAUGCGAAAGUAAUUUUCUAAGAAACUCCAUGUAGAAGUAAGACUUUCAGCUUCCCACAGGCUCUGAAACGCAAUUCAAAAUGUGUGGGGUCCUCGCCUCUAUGAACUUUAAAUUACAGUACAGACAGGUGUAUUUAGGGGAGCACAGCCAGUUCAGUCGCACUGGGUGUGGAGUUUCAGGGAUGCCGCAGGGUGUACUGCAAUGGAGUGCAGGAGAUAGAGGGGCGCCACUGAAAUUUGAGACCCCAAGAUCUGCAACUGUUACAGGGCAAGUCCUCCUUGGGAACAAUGGGAAUUAAUGGUCUGUUGCUCUCAGAGGGAAAUAUGCAGCAGAAACAUGCAUGCCUCCAGUGCCCUCAGACCACCUGGUGCAGGCAGCCAGAAUCAACGGACUGGAGAUUCUAAAGUGGCCUUCAUUAUCUAAUCCAUUUUAUGAUCUUCCCGGAUUAGAUCAAGUGAGUCCAUUUUGGCAUCUGACCUGAGGAUCCCAUCCCUACCUCCUAGCAAUUCCAAGAGUUCUGAGUAUUCACCUUGUGUCCACCAGUGUUGUGGCCCUUUUAAUGUGGAAUUUAUUGCCUUAUGAGAUAAGGCAUGUUCCAAGUAUCUACUCCUUCAGAUAACAUGCUCCAGACCUUUACUUACCCAAGCCUUUUCUGACUUAAAUAUUUAAUUGCUGUCCACUGGUCAUCUUUUGGUGUUGUACUGUGUUAUCUUAGCUGUAUUGUUUCUGGUGUAUGUUUUAGAUGUAUUUUUGGUUUUCUAUACACUAUUCUAAUGUUUUAUAAUGUGAGUGGUUUAUAAACCUUUUAAAGUAACAAUAGUUGUUUAUAUUAUGUGGAAGAAUGAUGCCCAUCCUUGUUUGUUUUUGCUGUUUUUAUGUUGCUGUGCUAAACAUACAGGUGUGCUCAGAGAUUAUUAGCUAUGUUUCUCCAUGCUAUGAGAUUUUUGUGUUUCCUUGUUAAGUUCUUGCUUCAUUCCAAACGGUCACAGUAACUUCGUUCUGCUGAGUGCUUUCUGCCUACUGCCUUCAGCAAAGUUGACUUUGACUUACACAGCCUAAGUGAUAGAUGGUAUAGCUGAUGAAUAGUUGUUUCUUAUUCUCAAUGCAAAAUCCCUUCUAGGGAAAAUAAAAGAAGCUGCUGCAAAAUGAAUCAUUUCAUGCAAAUAAAAAACCUUAACUGGGGAUAAAAGUUGCCUCUGAUGAUUAUGCUCAGGUUGAUCAAAUCAAAUAACUGAAAUACAAUUUUGAGUGUGAAUAGCUAGAGCUCAUUUUAGAGCUGGAAAUGAAGCAAAGCAUGAUUAAAAAACAAUUGAAUUUUGUUAAAAGUGAAAGAAGAGGCACUCAAGAUGAGCACAUUUUGCAUCUCAUCCCUCAAGUGACAUUACAUAACAUGCUCCACAGCAAUGUGGGAUGUAUGCAAUGUCAUCUGGGCAAAAUUAAAAACCACUUAAUUCUACUUAGUUAUUUGUAAAGAAAGCGUAGUUCUGCAACAUCCAUUUAAAAAAAUUGUUUAAAUCCUUACUGUGAAACUGCUCGGACCCAGGCCUAUAAAGCAUGGAACAAGUGGGAAAUUACUCAGACCCAUGCUUUCUCGACAUGGGACAAGCGGAAGUGUAGACAAGCCCUGUAUGAGCAACUAAGCCGAUUCUAGGACCUGACCAGACAACAAUUUCCUUCAAUUUUGAAGAUAGAUUACAUAUAUAAAUUCAAUUGUUUUGCAGGAGACCCUGAACAAGAGUAAAAGAUUAACAGUUCAAGAUUCAUUUUCAUCAGAAGGUAAUCAUUUCAAUUCAGAGCUUAACUGUCUCCUACUCCCUCAGAUCUUUUGUAUAUUCUCUCGGAGUGUUAGGCAAAAUUUGAGCUGUAAAAGCUUUCUGAAUCAGUACAGUGGUACCUCGUUUUACAAACUUAAUUCGUUCCGGAAGUCCGUUCUUAAACCAAAGCGUUCUUAAACCGAGGUGCACUUUCCCUACUGAGGCCUCCCACCACCAGUGCCCUUCCACCAUUCACCGUCUGUUCAGCUUCCGAGGCAAAGUUUGCUAACCGGAACACCUACUUCCGGUUUUGCAGAGUUCGUUCACUGAAUAGUUCGUUAACAGGGCUCUUCGUAGACCAAGGUACCACUGUAAUUUUUAAAAAAAAUGUUUUCAAUAGAAAAAAUAAUAAAAUCUCCCUAUCCAGUUUUCUCACUACUCUACUGUAAAAUCUCACUCAAUUAAGAAUUGGCAAAAUGAAAGCAUAAUGAGACAAUGUUCUAUCAGGGGUGACAAUAGGAAUUUUUGUGUGCCCAGUACCCUGUAUGUGGAUCGGGCCCUCUAAACCACUUGCAAAAAGAGAGCACAGAUUUGCAUAAAAUUUGCACAUUCUUUGCAUCACAUGCAAAUUUGUGCUCUCUUUCUCAGGUGGAGAGGAGGACUCAAAAAUAAAUCAGUAGACACACAUGUAAUAAAACUUCUGACAGAAUCUGAACAGGGGAAGGUUUUCCUAUAUUUGUAUUUAUAUACAGUGGUACCUCAGGUUACAUACACUUCAGGUUACAUACGCUUCAGGUUACAGACUCUGCUAACCCAGAAAUAGUACCUCGGGUUAAGAACUUUGCUUCAGGAUAAGAACAGAAAUUGUGCUCUGGCGGCGCGGCAGCAGCAGGAGGUCCCAUUAGCUAAAGUGGUGCUUCAGGUUAAGAACAGUUUCAGGUUAAGAACAGGCCUCCGGAACGAUUUAAGUACUUAACCCAAGGUACCACUGUACUAGAAAUGUUUAACAUGUUGAAUGUAUGCCACACAGCUGUUGAAGACACAAGAUCACAACUUUCCCCCAGUGCCAGUCUUAAAUGAAUGCAUGCAUCUUUUUCAAGGCCAGCCAAGAGCUAACAGCAGAGAGGGAAUCUAAUAUAAAAUACUGCUACAUCACAAUUGCAUAUCUACCUGAAAGUGAACCUCAUUGAGUUCAGUGGAACUUACUCCCAGGUCAGCCUGCAAUCCUAUACACACAUAUCUGGGAGUAAGUCCCAAUGACUUACCGUAUUUUUUGCACCAUAACACUCACUUUUUUCCUCCUAGAAAGUAAGGGGAAAUGUCUGUGCGUGUUAUGGAGCGAAUGCCUGCGGGUGGCGGGGGGGAUCUGCUGCAGUCGUGAGCAGAGGAUCCAUAGUUCCCCUUCCUUCCCUCCUCCGUGGUUACAAAGCAUGGAUCCACAUGGAUCCUCAGGAUUUUUGCAUUGGGCUACCCCAAACUCACCGUCAGAUCACAUGUCUGUGGCCACAGCAUGAACCACAAAAAUCAUAUAUCCACUAUUUUGUUUAGAAUAUUUUUUUUCUUGUUUUCCUCCUCUAAAAACUACGUGCGUGUUAUGGUCGGGUGCGUGUUAUAGAGCGAAAAAUACGGGUAACAUCUGAGCAGACACAUCUAGGAUUGCCCUGUUAGAAUGUUAAAUGAUAAUCAACAUCAUAAUCUCAAUGCGAAUUUUCUUACUCUUAAUUAAAAUAAGGAAUAGUUUAUCGAUCAUUUCACAUAAGUUAGAUAAUAAUCACCACAAAAAAACACCUCUUUGGAAGCCCAUGCUUUUUUUUAAAAAAAAAUGUCAAUAUUGAUUUUCCGCUGAAAAAUAGGAAUCCAUGAAGAUGCACUUGUCAACUUGACUGCAUGUUUUAAAAGAAUGCAAAAUGUGGCAUGACUGGCUAUUUUUGCUCAUAUCAGAAGAGCAAAAACAUUCGGGAGCAAGAAGCGCUGACAGAACCGGGGAAACUAGGUCGGACAAUGAAAUGGUCAGCAAUUUGUGAAUUGAUGCAAACUUUAUCCAGAACUUUCUUUGACACUUUAUAAAUAUCUAGUUAUGAAUCGCAGAACCCCAUUCAGCUCACCUUAUUGAAGACAUCCAUGUGAAACUUCAUAAGCACUAGAGUUUUGAUUCCACAUACUUAAGAGCUUAAUUACACAUGACCAUGGGUGCAGCGGGGGUGGGGGGCAAGGAGGGGCAGCUGCCCCCCAACCAAUAAAAAUCAAUAAAAAUACAUAGCAAACUGAGGUUCUGCCCCCCCCAACAAAAGGCCUGCCCCCAAAAAACUCCUGCCAAUGCCCAUGCACAUGACACGAGUUGUGUCCUUCCCAAUCAUGUCAUGGUUUAAAUAAAAUAAAUUGCAGGUGUGUGAGUGAUUUCUCCCCCCCGCCCCUCAUGAACACAGCGUGCAGGGAAAGUAGGUUUACGCUUUGCCUACACAAUUACAACAAAUCCUCCCCUGUGCUGUAGACAGAGAAAGAAAGAAAGAAAGAAAGAAAGAAAGAAAGAAAGAAAGAAAGAAAGAAAGGCUUUUUCUGCUCAGAACACUGCCCAACCUAUUUUCUAGCCUAAAUGCAGCCAAGCACCAGUAGCAUUAUAGCCAUCACCAAGCUCACUAUGUCAGCUUGAUCCCAUGUGCCUUAUAGUUGGUAUUAAACACUUACAACAUAUUUGUUGCUAGUGGACACUCUCUUUCAGAAUGGCAUGCUCUACUUGUCAAGCACAAGAUGGUGCAUUAGUUAGGGACAGAAGCCAGUUUGUGUACCAUUCUAGCUGUGCAUAACUAUGAGGUGUUUGUUUUAACUAAGUGUGAUAAGUAAAUUCGAAUUUGCCCAGUGCCUGACAGCAAAUGCCAGCGUUUCUUCUUAUUCUUCAAGGAACGUAAUUCAGUAGUAGAGUACAGGCUUUGCCUGCAAAAAGGUCUCUGGUUCAGUCCCUGGUAUCUUCAGGUGGGACUCAGAAAGACCUUUCUCUAAGACAGUAGACAGCUGCUGCCAGUGUGUGUAGACCAGAGCUUUCCAAACUGUCACGACACAUUGGUGUGUCGGCUGCAGUGUGUAGAUGUGUUGCUCGAAUGCUCCCCACGUUCCUCCCGGGGCUGGAAAGGGGUUAGUUUAACCUCCAGUUUGCUAGUAAAACUGAAUUACAGUGUCGCGAAAUGAGGCAUGGCUAAAAGGGGUGUCACCAACAUGACAAGAUUGGAAAGCUCUGGUGUAGUCAAUGGCCUGACUCCAUAUAAGGCAGUUUCCUAUGAAUAUACAGUUAUGGGCAGCGAUGGCUAAAGCCCAUUGAGUCUGGUGGGGCAGAAGGCAGAAGCUAGGUAAAGGUAAAGGGACCCCUGACUAUUAGGUCCAGUCGAACCAGAGCAGCGCACGGAAACGCCAUUUACCUUCCCACUGGAGCGGUACCUAUUUAUCUACUUGCACUUUGACGUGCUUUUGUACUGCUAGAUUGGCAGGAGCAGGGACCGAGCAACGGGAGCUCACCCCGUCACGGGAAUUCGAACCGCUGACCUACUGAUUGGCAAGUCCUAGGCUCUGUGGUUUAACCCACAGCGCCACCCGCGCCCCUAUAAGCUAGGUAAAGCUGGAGCAAAUGAAGGACAAAGCCAGCAAAUGCUAGUUUUGGCUCUGUCCUGCUCCUCCUCCUUCUAAGGACAACACUGAGACUAAGGAAGACAAAGCUGACAGCCAGUGCCUGCUCCUUGGACGGGAUGUAAAUAAGAAGGCAGGAAGUGGAGGCUGAGGGCAGAUUGAGGUUGGUGGAAUGUUUAAUUGCCCUCCUCAAUUUAGGUGCGGAUAGUUGAGUGGGCCUUUCCCAAGCAAGCAUAAUCUGAAGGGAAGAAAUCGUGUGGUUAGCCCUGACCACAUGAUUUAGGGCCUUUAAAUGUUGCAGCAGCGUCUAGGAACGACACCUCAGAAAAGUGACUCCCCCACUGUCACUCCAAUGAAGAAACAGCAUCUUAAAACCAAAGUAGGCACAGUGUGAGAUAUCUGCGAUCAAAACUGAUUCAUUUUAUUAUUACUUUGAAGUCUAUCUGAAGUUAAGUCCAACAUUUCACUCCUCUCUGUAGCUGAUAUUUGUCCUACUGAUGAAAAAAAAUACUGGGGAAGUUAAGUGUAUAUUUCCCUCAGUGGAGUUAAUAACAACAGCUUUGAGGAAAGGGAAUUUAGACUAGGGAAACUGUAGGGGGUAAGGGUUGAACACUUUCUCUCCUGGUGUCAUGUUCUAAUCAAAAAAUUCAGAGCCUCUGCAUGGCUGUUUUAGAAUGGAAAUGAAAAAUGAUGGGAGAUCUGGCCACAAAAUCCCUAUGACUCAUUUGUUUUGGCUUCUAGAGUGAUGGAGGAAGAGAUGAGAUUUCAGAGAGAAUGAUGAGAGCCUUGGGGCCAAAAAGAAAGGCUACUACUUGUUGGGGAAAGAACCCAACAUGUAUGCUUUUGUGAAAUAUUGUGUAUGUGUUGGAGGAAGUGGAAGGGUGUGUAUCUAAGAGAAAGGGCCAAUGAACUUUGAAAGCAGACAGGAGAUGGGAUGAGAACCAUGGAAACAAUUAGAAAUCAUCAAGGUUUGAGGAUAUAAAUGCCACUCAUUGCUAUGGCACAAUGCACUCCUAUUUAAACUUGUAAUGGGUAGGUGGGUUAAGGCCCUAACUCUAUUCAUAAAUGCUUAAUGGGGCUUGGCAGUAUAAGCUAUCUUUAGUAACCACAUACUGUAUUACAUCAAAUGCAUUGUGCUUUAAGGGUAGCUCAAUUCAUGCGCAAAUCUUAUUUGAAACCUUAUAUUUAAAUUCCACUCUAGCGUUCACCGGAAUUCGAAAACAGAAAUGUUGCUUAUUACAUGCACCCUAUCAAAAGAGCGCACGAUUUAAAUCUCUGGCGAUACAUCGUGGAGUUGCAUCACAGUGUUUUUUCUGGUCACAUUUCUAGUGGAAGAGGAGGUGGAAAGAAAGGACAAAGGUCGUCAGUUUUAUCAGAGAAGCCUCAAAAUACUGAAGCAUUCCAAAAACAAAGAAGAUACAGAAAAGUAAGUGUAGGCUUAGCUGUUUUGCUAACACAGUCCCAGAGAAGGCAUAAAUCAAUUUAAGUGCAGGUCUGGCACAUGGCUGGCACAGUCUCUCUUGGAGACUUUGUUGUUGUUUAGUCGUUUAGUCGUGUCCGACUCUUCGUGACCCCAUGGACCAGAGCACGCCAGGCACUCCUGUCUUCUUGGAGACUUUAGAAGGAUGGAAUAGGUACAUGUGGCCAUGUUUCUCCCUUUCCUAUUAAUUUGUAUGGUUCCAUUGCCAAUGCAAGAGUGAGUUUCUCUUGUAGAGAUUUGCAAUGAUAGGCUUAUGAAGCACACCUAUGGAGGGGUCCUUUUAUAAUCAGCCAUGUGUCAACCCACAUCUGGAGCACCGCAUAACGUUGGAGUACCUGGAGCGCCGCAUAACGUUGUGGGCACUGCACGAUGCAUCCUGUUGCAUGCACUGAACUGUGGGUUCCUUUGAAGAAGAAGAAGAUAUCCCGCUUUAUCACUACCCGAAGGAGUCUCAAAGCGGCUCACAUUCUCCUUUCCCUUCCUCCCCCACAACAAACACUCUGUGAGGUGAGUGAGGCUGAGAAACUUCAAAGAAGUGUGACUGGCCCAAGGUCAUCCAGCAGCUGCAUGUGGAGGAGCGGAGACGUGAACCCUGUUCAUCAGAUUACGAGUCUACCGCUCUUAACCACUACACCACACUGACUUUUCUGCUGUUGGCGCACGCUCCCAGCGCCACCCAACAUGGGGUGCCAGCACAGAACGAUGGGGAAGGCAAGCAGCAGCGGAGGAAACAUCUCCAGAUGGGAUCCACCGCACGCCGACAGCGCCGAUGGCAGCAACAAAACUCGACGAAUAGGAGCACACGGAUCCCAUCUGGAGAUCUUUCCUCUGAUGCCACUUGCCUUCCCCAUUGUUCUGCGCUGGCACCCCACGUUGGGUGGCACUGGGAGCAUGUUCCAACAGUGGAAAAGCCAGCAAAGGAACCCGCAGCUUGGCGCAUGCAACAGGAUGCGUCGCGCAGUGCCCACAACGUUACAUGGUGCUCCGAGCCCCCGCUCCAAAACAAUUAGCUGCCCAUGCAGCAGGGGGGAGGCAGUGGGCGGACAGCGCGGUGACUGUGCUGCCCAACAUUUUGCCCCCCCAGCAUGGAACCCGCACCCACCUAUGUACACUCCUGUGCAUGAGCGCUGGCACGCCUGUUGGUUGGUGCUGUGAGUCCCUGCGCCCCGCAACCGUUCUAAAGGUAAACAACUAUUUCCUAAAAAAAGGUCAACAACUUUGCCCCCCCCCCAAAAGGUUGACCACUCUGGGCAACCUAGGGGCGCUAGGCAGAUCUUUGCACCCCAGUGCUGCAUAUGCUUAAGAUGGCCCAGUCUCUGGUGAUGAAGGGGGUAAACUUCUAAUGCAAAGUUACAGCAGAAUAAAUUCCUGUUUUAUGUAUAGAUGAGAAAUUUCCAUAUCCGACGGACUAAAUCUGAACUUUGUGUUUCUUAAUCAGAGCCCACCGGCUCCUUGUCAAAGCAGCAAAAAUGGGAAACCAGAAAGCUAUGGAGCAACUGGCAUCUGACAUGUUGUUUGGAAAUAAUGUUCCUCAAAAUGUAGAAGCAGCUGUAUCAUUGUAUGAGAUUUUAGCUGAAGAAGGAUCUCAUAAAGGCCAGACGGUACGUGCUCUUUAAUUAGCUAAAGCUUUAAACAGGCACUAGUCUACUUUAGAGUGCAUAAAUAUUUGAAAAGAGGUAAGAUGGUGUUUAUGCUCAGCCAAGAAAUGUCAACAAGGUAGGGAUAUAAAGUUAAUUAUUUAUUAAAUUGCCUGAUUUCAAGAGGCUAUCUGGUGUGUUCAGCAAACAUCUUCUAAAAUCCUUGUUCAAUAAAAUUCCAGGUCAAGGCUUUAGUCCUUAUUCCACUGAAGACACUCCGAAGGUAGACAAUGGUUUCCAUGGAACAAAAAUCAAAUGUUUACGGUUGUUAGAAUUGAAGAUAUAAGAACUAAUUAUAUUUUCGCACCUAGCUAGUGUGUCUAACAUGUUCUGAUUUAAGGCAAAUUAUCAAUUUUAAUUGAAAAGGAUUUAUGGAUGACACAAAAUAAUAGCAAAAAUAGCGUAAGAGAUCGGCUGCAAAUUCAGUUGCUCAGACUAGUCCCUUGUCUAAUAAAUCACAAAUGGAUCUCCUCUUGCAUUCCUUUCGCAUGACUCUGUUGCAGAACAUGAAGAGGCAUCUCACAAGUUGUGCUGAUUGUUGAAUCUUUUGUCUAGGUUUUCAUAGCAUUUUGCAUAUGUCUCUGUUUCCUGUGUGCACAUACAUGGAUAAAAGGAAUACAUGAAUUGUGGAUGGGUCAUUAAAGAACAGAUAGACCAAAUGUGCCAAAACACAUUGGCUUUCCAAAAGCUUUCCAGCCAUCAUUUCAAUAAUGCAGGACUCUCCUGCCAUAUACAGAGUCCAUUGAUUUCAUUGUGUCUAUUCUCAGUAUGACUGUGGCGAUCACACACAGGGCCCCCGGACGUUUGACGGUCUAUUGACCCUGUGCCGCCACUGCGAUUGCUUUUUCCGCUGCCACCACCCCGUAUCUCACGGGGACACACAGAGUCCAGUCAGUUGUUAACAUAAACAAAUAAUCAAGUUUAUUUUUAAAUGCAGGAACAAGCUUAUGGUUUCAGUUAGUUUUUCUCUUGUCAGUUUCUUAUUCUUAGUUCCUAACAACUCCAAACUGAUUAUUCCAACUAUCUAUCUGACUCCACCUAACAAUUCCUCUCACUCUCUCACAAUACAACUCUACCAACCCACUGCCUAAACCUCCCUCUUCCUUCUUCAACUCCCAAACCUCAACUCUCAACUCAACUCCCAAACCUCAACUCCAACUGACUUUCAAAACCUCCCACUCUAACUUUUAUUUGCUCCUUGCAUUCUCACUGGCCAAUCACAUCACACCUGUUUUAACCCUUUCCUUAUGACCCAUCCUAGGAGGCAAAUGCCACAAUGACCAACCUUGGAUAUUGCUAUAACAUAUUUAUUGUGCUGCAAGCUUUCAUGGAUUAGUGUCCACGGGCAUCACAUGAUGCAGGUUCAUUGUUUUAUGGUAACCAGGCAAUGGCUUUUCCACCUGCCUUGAUCCACGCUCCAGCCCUGGGAGCCUUUCCCAGACAGCAGAAGCAGCUGGGAAGAGAGAAGUCAUGGGAUAUUAUUUAAGAAUAGUUUUAUAAGUUGUGUGUCCUUGCUUUUCAAUUCGAUCCUUUUACAUGAUUUUGCAAGCUUUGUGGUAAUUUAUGCAUUGUGAUUUGCCGUUAUUUUUCUUGAUUAUAGAUUAGUAAUUCUUUAUCAUGGGUAGGCAAACUGAGGCCUGUGGGCCGGAUCAGAUCCAACGGCCUUCUGGAUCCGGCCCACGGACGGUCUGGGAAUUGCCGCGUGGAUCGCCAGUGUGCAUGUUAUUUCCCUCUCCCUCACACAGCGGCGGCACCGCCGCCUCCUCCCUCCCUCCUCCUGGCUUUUCCCCGCCCUGCCCAGAGGAGAAAGGGGGCUGGGCUUUGUUGGUGCCAGCAGCAGCAGCACUUGAGCGGCUGCCAUUUUAAGCAGCCUCUCUCCGGAGCCCUUUUGCGUGAAGCUCACCAUCCCUCCGCCGCCAUUCUCCCUCCCCCCAAAAAAUAUAGUCCGGCCCCCCACAAGGUCUGAGGGACAGUGGACCGGCCCCCUGCUGAAAAAGUUUGUUGACCCCUGUUCUUUAUUGUAAAUUAUUAUUUGCUGAUCUUUAAUUUUACUGUUUACUAUUAGACUCUGAUGGAUUGUUGAAUGCUGUUUUGUUUCUUUUUGUUUUGUUUUGUUUUGUUUUGUUUUGUUUUGUUUUGUGACUUUUUAUAUUGGAUCAGAUUGUUACUAUUAAUGUUUGAUGUUUUAUUGUGUUUUUAUUUGUGUUAGAAUCUGCCAAGAGUGGCUAGGGCAACCCAGCCAGAUGGGCGGGGUAUAAAUAAAAAAAUAUUAUAUAUUAUAGGUUCUAGGCCAUGAAAUGUGAUCCCACAACAAGGCUUUCUGUCUCCAAGGUGUCACAUUAGUGUUCCUCUGGAAUGUGCAGAACUACACAUUCUAAUAAAUGUUCAAGUAUCUUCAGUAGUAUCAUUAAGAAACAUUUCAGAGGAAAAGGGAAAUGUUUUCAUGUUGUUUAAUGUUGCAUCACUUUAAAAUAAUAAUAAUAAUAAUAAUAAUAAUAAUAAUAAUAAUAAUAAUUUAUUUAUACUCCACCCAUCUGGCUCGGCCUCCCCAGCCACUCUGGGUGGCUUCCAACAAAGUUUAAAAAUACAUUAAAAUGUCGCGCAUUAAAAACUUCCCUGAACAGGGCUGCCUGCAGAUGUCUUCUAAAUGUCAAGUAGUUGUUUAUCUCUUUGACAUCUGAUGGGAGGGCGUUCCACAGGAUGGGCACCACUACCGAAAAGGCCCUCUGCCUGGUUCCCUGUAGCUUUGCUUCUCGCAGUGAGGGAACCACCAGAAGGCCCUCGGAGCUGGACCUCAGUCCAGCAGAACACUACACCCAAGCACAUAAGUUUCCUCAUUUCCUUGUGAAACAGCUAAAUAGCACAGCUUUAUUGUGGUGCUGUGGGUAAAACCUCAGCGCCUAGGGCUUGCCGAUCGCAUGGUUGGCGGUUCAAAUCCCUGCGACGGGGUGAGCUCCCGUCUUUCGGUCCCAGCUCCUGCCCACCUAGCAGUUCGAAAGUACCCCUAAGUGCAAGUAGAUAAAUACGUACCGCUUUAUAGCGAGAAGGUAAACGGCGUUUCCGUGUGCUGCGCUGGUGCCGGCUCGCCAGAGCAGUUUCGUCACGCUGGCCACGUGACCCGGAAGUGUCUCCGGACAGCGCUGGCCCCCGGCCUCUUAAGUGAGAUGGGCGCACAACCCUAGAGUCGGACACGACUGGCCCGUAACGGGCAGGGGUACCUUUACCUUUACUAUUGUGGAUCCUGACCAUAGGAGGAGGUCAGUUUACAUUGUAAAUACAUUUCCAUCCUCUGGACCAUGGUCUGGAAAAUGGAAUGUCCGACGAUACAAAGGUUGGACAGCCCUGAAUUAAAUUUUAGCUCAGUGACCUAUUUUAAACUGUUUUAUAACUAUUUGUGAGGAACAAAGUUAUGAUAUAGAAAUUUAGUUUUUCUUUAUUCAGAAGCACCAUUAUUUUUUCCAUGUUACAUCUUUUCUGUGACACAAUGUUCCACCAAUUAAUCUUGUCCAUGUCUAUAACCUUGAACCAAGACUGGCCGGAAUAAAUCUAGAAUUCAUUUUGUACAAAGAUUGAAGCACACGCCUGUGCCUCAAGGAGUCUAUAUACAGUCACAUCACAGCCUGUCUGCCACUUUAACUUUGUUUUCAGUAUGAUGUUUAUAUAGCUACGCACAGAAAAUUUGCAAAGGGGGAUAUAUGAAAACACACGUAUGUGUGUGUUCACAUAGUAUUCUCAUAUGCUGCCUUAAUGUAACCUGAAAAUGUCUGUAUCAUGUAUUUAUGUGUCAUUGUUCAAAGACAUGAGCAAUGUGACGGCUUCAUGAAAAUUUCUUAUUUAAGCAUACUCUGUCUUGACUUUCUCGCUUUAGUUUGUUUGCCCCCAUAUAUUUUUGUCAUCUGCUUAUACCUCCCAAUUGUGAUGGCCAUUUUCAGAAAGUCCACAGAAAGUUCACAUUUUGAGAGCUUCAUUUUCAGAUAUCGGUUCUCAAAAAUUCCAACGCCUAGCCUUCUUAGGUCCUCUUCAAGUUUAGGAUUACAACACUUUCAGAGGGAAAAGAAAUAAAAAAAUUGCAUACGUUAUGGGUUGUAUCUAGUGGUGUUGUUGAGCUGACAGUAAGAUUUCCAUCAGCAGAACAAGAAGGGAAGCAAUUUUCAAUUAUUCCUUCUCCUACAGUCUUCACCACCUGAAUCUGUUUUGGAGGGCCUCCAACCUUUCUGGAGGUCUCCAAGGCUUAGGAGGUGUGGGUAGCUGCAAGAGGGAUGGUGAUUCACUAAGAGUUGCCUGAGUAAUGCCAUUGGAUGCAACCCUUAAUGUAGACACAUUUGUGUGCAUCUCAAUGUGAUUUUAUUAUAUUUUAUAUUUUAUAUUAUUUUAUAUUUUAUUUUAUUUUUCUUUGCACUUCUUGCCCAAAAUGCCAAGCCUACAUUUGCCUUACUUUCCCUGGCUUCAAUUCACAUGCUACCUCUGAGGAUGUUGUCCCUGGAUAAGGAAAGCAGAGAAUUUAGAGGACCUCUCAGUGGUUGAAGGAAGCAUUCAGCCAUGUAAGCAGUCUGAAAUGGUAGAGCCCAGAUAAACAUUUACUACUUUGAAAAAUUUCAUUUUCCUACAUUUCAUGGGGGGCUACAGUAAAUAUACCUGCUGACUCUCUGCACAAGUGCAUUAAUGCUAAGCCCUGAUUACAUGAAACUGACAUGGUAAAAUAACUUAAAGAUAAUUUUACCGCAUGAGAAUUGGGCCUAAGGCAACUGUUAACAAUAUAAGCAACUGAAAAGCAACAGGAUUGACUGAACUUUUUACUUUAUUUCCCCCCAUAGGCAUUAGGUUUCUUGUCUUCAUAUGGAAUAGGAGUGGAAUACAGUCAAUCAAAGGUAAUAAAAUUCUGUGCUGACUUUACCCUAUUGUCAUUGAAGUCUUUCAUCUAUAUUUUGUGUUUUUCAAAGAAGAAAAACCUGGCAUGAUUUUAUGAUUUUAUUUCCCCCCCUCUUUAGGCACUUGUUUACUACACAUUCGCAAGUCAUGGGGGAAAUCUUAUAUCCCAGAUGAUCUUGGUUUGUAAAUCACAUAUUUUCACUAUUUCCAAUUCUAGAGGCUUGAGUGAUAAUUAAAAUAUUUGUGAAUUUUCCCCCAACAGGGCUAUCGUUACUGGUUAGGAAUCAAUGUUCCAAGGAGCUGUGAAGCAGCACUUCUUUAUUACAAGAAAGUUGCAGAUUACAGUAGGUGGCCUUCAUCUAUUGUAUCUUGCCUUGUUUGAAAGUGCCACUUUUGUUUUUGUUUGCUCUUUCAAGAGUCCUGUGGCACCUUAAAGACUAAGAAAUACCAGACCCUCAUGGGGGGCAGAGGACAUGAUUCUCACUCAAAUUAUUAACAUAUGAAAAGAACACAUUUUCCAAGAUCCCAGGCAGGCAUGGCCCAAUACUUUUUGGCACCUGAGGAGAACCUGAGAAUAGCACCCUCCACCCCCACCAGGGAAGAAGGGAUUAGUGACGAUGUGCAUCAGGAACAAGGGGGGAAUAAAGGUCUACCUUGAGAACGAAGGUUGAGGGGGACCAACAGCACCCCCUUUUCACCAAGAGGCCACUGUAGAGGCAGCACUGGGGGAGGCAGCCAAGGCCACAGCAGAUCUGGCCUCCAAGGAGCAAGCUGCAGCUGAUGCUGCCACUAUGGCACUGGCAGUAGCAGCAGACGAUGCCUUCCUUGGACGUCAAAUCUGCUGCCCCUGUGGAUCCUGCUGCCUGAGGCAGUCAUAUCACCUUGCCUCACGGGUGGGCCGGCCCUAAUCCCAGGAAUCCAGUUACUUGUCUAACAAAAGAGCCAGUGUGGUGUAGUGGUUAAGAGCGGUAGACUCGUAAUCUGGUGAACCGGGUUCACGCCUCCGCUCCUCCACAUGCAGCUGCUGGGUGACCUUGGGCUAGUCACACUUCUGUGAAGUCUCUCAGCCUCACUCACCUCACAGAGUGUUUGUUGUGGGGGAGGAAGGGAAAGGAGAUUGUUAGCCGCUUUGAGACUCCUUAGGGUAGUGAUAAAGCAGGGUAUCAAAUCCAAACUCUGCUUGUCAUGUUUACUUGUACUAAAAUACAGUCCCAAGUGACAAAGCAAGUUAACCGAAGCCAUAUGCAGGCAUUACAAUUAGGGAACUGUAAAUACAUGUGUGAGGGUGGUGGGGCAAGUAGACUGGACCUGCCUCCUCCAUCACUGUGUUUAAGGUGACCUAGCAUGACCAAUGUCAAGAGUGAUGGAAGUUGUCGUUCAGAACAUCUGGAGGGUACUACACUGACUACAUCAUGGAAAGGAAAAAUGAAAUCUUCUCGGAUUGUAGGAAGCGGUUGUUCUGAUUUGUGUUACUUGGAAUUUAUUAUUAUUAUUAUUAUUAUUAUUAUUAUUAGUUGCAAGCAAAUUAGAAGAAAAUGAAGAUAAGCCAGUUGAAAAAGUGAAGCUGAUGGAAAGAUCAGAAAAUCUGGGUUUUGAUACAGAAAUCUUGGACUGGGAUGUACAUCAGUACUACAAGUUUUUGGCUGAAAGAGGAGACACACAGAUACAGGUAAGAGACAUUCCUUUCUAUUUGCCUAUUUAUUAUUAUUAUUAUUUAUUAAUUUGUUAAUACUGCUUACCUGACUUCAAAGUGGUUUACAAGUAUAAAAUCAAUUAGAAUCCACACAUCAUCAAAAUACACAAUAAAAUAAUUCAAUCGAAACACUUUUUAAAAAUCUAUAAUUAAAAUAUGCUAUAAAACAAAAACAAUAAAAACAGCAAUUAUAAUGACAUAAGAAGAGCCUGCUAGAUCAGGUCCAAGGCCCAUCUAGUUAGCAUCCUGUUCUCAUAGUGACCAGCCAGCUGCCCAUGCGAAGCCCAAAAGCAGAACCUGAGCACAACAGCCCUUUUCCCAUCUGCAAUUCCACACAACUGGUAUUUAGAGACCUACUGCCUCCAGUGUUGGAGGUAGUACAUACCGUAGUCAUUGUGCUUGGUAUCCAUUGAUAGCCUUAACAUCCAUCAAUUUGUCUAAUCCUCUAUUAAAGCCAUCUAAACUGAAAGUAGCCACUUUGUGUUUUUGUGCUAUGUGAUGCAAGGCUUUGCCCGCAUAGAUCUAACUGUAAAGGUAAAGGUAAAGGGACCCCUGAUCAUUAGGUCCAGUCGCGGAUGACUCUGGGGUUGCGGCGCUCAUCUCGCUUUAUUGGCCGAGGGAGCCGGCGUACAGCUUCCGGGUCACGUGGCCAGCAUGACUAAGCUGCUUCUGGCGAACCAGAGCAGCACACGGAAACGCCGUUUACCUUCCUGACGGAGCGGUACCUAUUUAUCUACUUGCACUUUGACGUGCUUUCGAACUGCUAGGUUGGCAGGAGCAGGGACCGAGCAAUGGGAGCUCACCCCGUCGCAGGGAUUUGAACCGCUAACCUUUUGAUCGGCAUGUCCUAGGCUCUGUGGUUUAACCCACAGCGCCACCUGCGUCCUCAGAUCUAACUGUAGUGUUCAGGAAUUUAAACAAUAUUCCCUACGUCCUGAUUUACUGGAAUCCCUAUCUUUACUAAGAAUAUUAUAAUUGACCCUCAGCCUACAAAUAUUGCAGAUUAGUGUGGCAUUAAGUGACAAAUGCAUGGAAACUGCUGUCACCAAUCCUCUUCCUCCCCUCUCCCCACCCCAUUGUGGUCCUAUUUCGCCCUCACCUUCAGGAUCUGCUUGAUAGAUCUGCUUCCCAGGGAGUCUAAGAAUGAUGAAGUCAUAUGUCUUCUGGAACCUUAAAAAUAAAUAAAUGGUUGAAUUGUUUGGUCUUCUAUGUUAAAAAAUGCUGUUAGCCACCUUUUUAACUCUGAUGUGGGACAUAAUUAUCAACCAACCAACCAACCAACCAAAAAUGUUGUGUGUUUGUUGUUAUUUUAUCCCUUUCUAUUAAAAAAGUAAGUUAAUGUUAAAUAAGAUCCCAGGAAGGGCAGCUGAAUCCUUCAGACUAGUAUUCCCCCACAGACCCUUUGCCAUAAAUUCUGUGCCCAAGUCUUAUUCUCUGACACCAUUUGCACGAAUGGGACUUCCCCUUCCUCUUCUCUCCUGCAGUUUUCUGUGCACCCGCAAAAUACAAAAUCUGCUCUGGUGGCUUGGAAAAAACAGGUGGAAGGGGGAAAUUUUGUUGUGUUUGCUGGUGUGACAUUGGGCCAUUCUUGCUCAUUGACUUUUGGCUCCAAAAGAUACAAGACAUUCAUUUUUAAAAUAAUUAUUUCUAGGUGUAUCUAGGACAGCUGCAUCUCUUCGGAAGGAAAGGACUCGAGAGAGAUCAUGCUGUAAGUGCAGGUAGAUUAGAAAGAUGAAAGCCGUGCUCUUACAGUUUUAAAUUUUAGAAGUAUAUUUGGUUGAUUUGAAUGGGAUGGUUCCAAAGAGCGUGAUUAAGAUCACAAAGUAAUACCCCUGUUCAAACAGGCAUCUUUUUGAAAUCUAGCACGGUCUUUCAUUUCCUCCAAGUUCAAGCACCAAUUUAGGAAGCUGGUGCUUAGGUUUUUAUAAGCAGAAAUGCCAGCUGUGUGAGUUUGUGUGUUCUUUUAAACAUUUAUGCAACAAAUGUGUAGAGUGCUUUUUUAGUUUGGGAGUUUUCACAGCAGAAAAUUAGGGUUUCUUUAAAGCAGUUUCAGAAAAGCAUUAUUUAAGGAGGAAAAGGUAGGCAUAUGUGAGUGCCCUUCUGGACCACAACCUAAGAUUUAUGUAUUUGCAGCAAAAUGGGACUAAAAAAGCAAACAAACACAGGGAGCUGUCUUAUACCAGGUCAAACCAUUGGCUCUUCAGAGCUCUAGGGAUGUGGAAAAAUUUCAGUUCAGUUAGCAUGUAAAGCUGAAUUAAUCAAAUUCACACUUUCUGAUACAAUUAAAAACAAAACAAAAAAACCCCGCACACAGCCAGCCUUUGAAAUUCACACACAUCUGAGUUGUAAUGCAGUGCUUUAAAAAAUGCAUAUAUUAGGGUGAAAUGUGCAUUAAAAUAACAUACGAAAACAUAUCACAUUAAGGAAAAUUCCUUGCAAAAAUGCACAUAUAGUCAAAACUUCAUAAAAACGUCACACUAAAAUGCAGAAGAAUUUUCAUGGGGAUUUGAAAACAAACUGCAAAUUGCUGCUCAUAUGGCAAAAAAUUAUUUUAAGAUGGAAAAACUAAUAAGCAACUAAGAGAUUCAAAUGGGCAGAUUCUUCCAUCCCUAGUGGAUGGUGUCUCUCCAGGGGUUUCAGAUUUGACAUUUGCAGCCCUGCCUGGAGACAUUAUGGAUUGAACCCCAAUACCAUUUGGGGCAUAUGAUCUAAGUUUGUACAGACUACUAGAACAUAAAGAUGCCAGUUUGAAUUAUUGUUCACCAAUAUGGCCUGUCUAACUAUGAACAGGUGUCAAGGCAGGAGAAUGCAUACCUUGAUUUGGAAACUUUGUUAUAUCAGUCAUCACUUUAUUCUGCUCUUUUUCUUUAGAAAGCCUUCUACUAUUUCCUAAAGGCAGCGAAUGCAGGGAAUGCACAUGGUAUGGCAUUCCUGGGAAAGGUACCUAUGUUUGCUUCUUUGAGACCCCAUCUAUGGUCCUUUGUAGUUUCCUCACAUUCAAGCAGAGUCCAGCUGCAGUGGAUUGGGGCCAUUCUCACAUACAAGCUACUUGCGAUGUGGUCAAAGCAGAGCGGAGGAGACUGGAGGAGGGAAGAGGCAAUCUUCAGUUGUACAUUUAAGACCACAUUAAACUGCAGUUCUCACCUAUCUUGUAUGACAGAGCUUUCCAAACUUUUCAUGUUGGAGACACACUUUUUAGACAUGCAUCAUUUUGCAACACAGUUAAUUCAGUUUUGCUAGCAACCGGAGGUUAAACUAACCCCUUUCCAGUCCCAGGAGGAAUGCAGGGAGCAUUUGUGUGAUACACCUACACACUGCAGCUGACACACUAACGUGUCAUGACGCACAGUUUGGAAAGCUCUGCUGUAUGAUCAUGGCCAAAGGGAUCUGACUGUCUUGUAUCUCUGCAUGCAAAAUCAAAGGCAUAUCAUGAUUGACUUUGAAGUGUUGUGCUUCAAAGUAGAAUGGCAAACUUAAGGAGGACUUUCAAGAGGCAUGAACACUUUUGAGGGGAGAGCUUGACAUUUCUUUCCUCCUUCCAUUUCUUGACAUUUCCUGGUCAGCUUAAGAACAAGACACACAAAAAAGUGCUUCUCUUCUAAUCAAUGGUGUGGACUCCAAGUUUCCAUGAGAUGCUGCUGGCAGAAUUGGGGGGGGGGCAAUUUUGGCUUAUUUCUCCUUUGCACCACCCUGAAAAUCUGUUCUGGAGGGCUUAAGAGACCAACUGGAACAGUUCAAGAUUUGACACUGAGGACUGGAGGGGAAAGGGGGAUCAGAAAAAACACUCUCUGAUCCUUCUGCCAAUGGGGGCCUACACUGGAUUGAAAGCCCUUCCAUGAAUAGAAGGAGUCUUUCAAUUUGCAAAUGGAAAAUUCAUGCCAUUGCUGGUUGUAAGUUGUGGAGCUCCCUCCCCGGAGAGGUGUGUCUGAUACCUUCAUUCCAUAGCUUCUGGCGAUUCCUCAAGAUGCACCUCUUUGUCCUUGCUUUUGACACUUGAGAUGUAUAUUUUUAGCACCCACUUUUUUCUCUACUUGUAAGUCGUUUUAAAGUGUAUUCUAUAUUGUGUUGUAAUGUGUGUUGUAAUGUUGUAAUCUGCCCUGGAACCUUAAGACGAAGGGCAAGUAAUAAAUUUAAUAUUAAUUAUUAUUAAGCAGGUAUUGGUAUUUAAAAAAAAAGAGAAUUGUUAUGUUACUGUAAGCUGUGGGUAUUCCUUUUGGAAACAAAUACACAAUGUGUUCAGCUGCUUGUGUUAUAGUUGUAUAUUUAAAGCAGGAGUAGAGAGCCUUCAAGGGACCUGGGUGGUGCUGUGGGUUAAACCACAGAGCCUAGGACUUGACGAUCAGAAGGUCGGCGGUUCGAAUCCCCGUGACAGGGUGAGCUCCCGUUGCUCGGUCCCUGCUUCUGCCAACCUAGCAGUUCGAAAGCACACCAGUGCAAGUUGAUAAAUAGGUACCGCUCCGGCGGGAAGGUAAACAGCGUUUCCGUGCGCUGCGCUGCUUCUCCAGAAGCGGCUUAGUCAUGCUGGCCACAUGACCCGGAAGCUGUACGCCAGCUCCCUUGGCCAAUAAAGCGAGAUGAGCGCCGCAACCCCAGAGUCGGUCACGACUGGACCUAAUGGUCAGGGGUCCCUUAACCUAGAGAGCCUUCAGCUCUCUGGAUGUUGCUGAUAGAUAACUCUCAUCAGCCCUGGCAAACAUGGCUAAUAGAUAUUGUGAGUUAAAGUUCAGUAACAUUGGAGGGCUAAGGAUUCCUCAAAUCUUCCUUAAAAUGACUCAUGAAAGCCCAGCACUAUACAUAACAGAGAGUCAAACAGAAAACAGGAAGCAAAAGUGCAAAAUAGGAUUAAAUUCAGAGGAACUUCAUCCGUUUGUUUUGCAAAUUUUUAAUGGCAAGAGGAGGCAUUUCCAUGGAUGGUCACCAUCAUCUGAAGAAAUAUCCCCUCUUAAUCCUGUCUAGAUGUAUUUAGAAGGAAGUGCUACAGUGCCUCAGAGUAACAUUGCAGCUUUGAAGUAUUUCAAAAUGGCGGCAGAGAAGGUAUUGUAUUUUCUUUCUUUUUCUUUUUUUUAAAAAAGUAGCAGCUUUAAUUAAUUAUAAUUAAUACAUUGUUCUUAGGAAUACAGUUAUAUCUGACAAUUAAAGAUCACAACAAUCACUGCUUCAAAUCAACUUUUAACUUUAUAUAUUACAAGCACUAAAUCAAACCACACCAUGAUUAACCUUCUGUACUUGCUCUUUAAAAUGUCCUUAACCUAUUAUACUAGGUUUGUCAACCUUCUGCCUGUGGAAGCUCCCAGUGGUGCCCAUGGCUGGUGCUCUAGACUCUGAAUUUUCAUUUAAAAAAUCUCUUGCAUAUUUUUCCUGGUACUGAGGAAUGCUCCCUGUUGUUACUUAGACAUCAACAGGAUCAGUCAAUGGAAUAUUUUGCACAGCUUUAUGUAAACUGCUUAGAGGUGGGUUGCCUUUUUAAAAUGAAAAAUCAAGCAGCUAAUAUAUAAAACAAACAAAAUGUUUCAGUGCUACGAGUGCAAAACAAUACAAAUUGUUGUAACUAAUGAAGCAAAUUUCAGAUCUAACAACUCAAGGUUAUAUUUGAAAGAGAGACUGACCCCACAAAUGUUAUAGGAAAGUGUUGCUUCAUGGUGAUUUCAUCACAUCAAUAUUGAAUUGGGAAUCAAGUUGUAGAUAUAUUGAGGGUGUCAUGUGUCAAAGUACAUUGUCCCUUCAUUCCUCUCCUACUGUUCAUUUUGCCUGUAUUUUUAGACUGCUGGCAUCUCACAUCUGCCUCUUUAAUUUAAUCUUUUAAAACACCAGAUGCAUUGGUGCUAUGUAAGAGGUGACUAACUUGUUCAACACUAAGGACUGUAAUAGAUAAGUAGGAGCAACUGAAAAGGCCGUAUAGAAAAAUGGUUAUGUGAUGAACAACAUUGGGGGAGAGGGGAACUUUUCCAUAAAACUUCCAUUAAACUUGUAGGCUUCAAAUUACACUUGCUCAGACUGCAUUUGUCCUACAAAAUGAAUAUUCUCUUUGUCUAUAGUGUAUUGUGUUGUACUUGGGUCUGGUGAAGUCUUUGACACCAACCUGGGUUGAUAUAAUGACCCUGAUGUUCAUGAACAUUUCAACUACCUCCAGAGCAAACCUAUCAGAACUUCUUUUGGGGAGGGAGGCAGGAUUUUACUCUUAAUUAAACUCAUUGAACUCAGUGGAAAUAGUUCCAAUUGAAUUAAAUGAGUAGAGUUGCAUAAGAUUGCAUUAAUAAUCACAACUGUGUAACGAAAUGCUUCAUUUAGGUCGUCCGAGCUCUUGUUGCGGACUAGCAGUUUGAAAGCACGUCAAAGUGCAAGUAGAUGAAUAGGUACCGCUCUGGCAGGAAGGUAAACGGCGUUUCCAUGUGCUACUCUGGUUCGCCAGAAGCAGCUUAGUCAUGCUGGCCACAUGACCCAGAAGCUGUACGCCGGCUCCCUCGGCCAAUAAAGCGAGAUGAGCGCCGCAACCUUUACCUUUAAACCAUUUAUUGCUCAUACCAGGGUUAUGUGAAUAACUUGGUGUGACACAAUGUCCAGAGGAGAUAUGGCGAAGGAGACAUUUGUCUCUUGGUUAACAAGCGAGAAAUAUAAUCAGUAAAUAAUUAUAAUUGACACUAAGGCACACAAUUACAGUGAUUCUUUAUAGGUUCUUCUCAUAUAGUGGGUAACUUAUUCUUAUGUCUAAAUGAAACAUUCUCAAUAUGUUAUUUAGGGCAAUUCCAUUGGACUAUGGGGGCUUGGACUUAUUUAUUUACGUGGUAAAGGUCUUCCACGGGUAAGUCUUCAGUGUAUCAGAGCUUUUUCAUAAUAAAAAAAGCCAAUAAAACCAUAAGACGCUUGGCCUAAUGUGGCUUUAACACCCCAAAAUUAAAACAUAGGUUUUAUGUUUUACAUGCAAGGGGUCCUAGGAUACCACCACGCAGUAGUCAAGGUGGGGAGGGGUUUCUACCUUCAAGCACCCCUGAGCCAAUGAGGAGGCACAUUGCACAGACCAAUAAAUGGCUUACCACAGGGGCUGUUCCGCCAGGGUCUUUGUGUACCUUGUGCUCUGUUGUCAUAGUGGGACUUAGUGCUACGUCUCAUGACCCCUCAGCCGACAGAUCUCAAGUACAGGAUUGUGCCGCAAGUUAUCGGUACCGCUUCUCAUAAUGCAGCUGCAACGUCUUCUGAGCUGCAGUCCACGAUCAGUGUUCCACAAAACCAGAAACUAAUUUCUUGACCUCUCAAUAAGUUUGUUUCCCUUUCAGAAUCACAGUGAAGCUUUUAAAUACUUUCAUAAAGCAGCAGAGAAGGGAUAUGCCCAGGCCCAAUUUCAGCUGGGCCUUAUGUAUCACAGUAAGUCCCUGGGCACAGUUCUUCCUUUUGUCAAGGCUCCCAUGGUUCAGUUACCUAAUUUUUGAUGAAAAUCCAAAUCAUAUUUCAUUGCAGAUGGCUCUGGAGUCAAGAGAGAUUACAAACUUGCCUUCCAAUAUUUUUACUUGGCAUCUCAAAACGGGCAACCCCUUGCUGUUUAUCACUUGGCUGAAAUGUACGCUACGGGAAUGGGAGCUUUCAGGUCAUGCCAGAAUGCUGUUAAAGUAAGUAAUGCCCUGUUUGAGAGUCUGCCCUUUGAGAUAUUAAUGUUGAUGGUUGUUCUCAUCCAAUAUCAACAGCUGUCCAAAGCCAACAACCACCCAGUAGCAAUAGAUACAGAGUCAAACUACACUUCAUGUCAAAUGAAUAGCUCAAAAACAUUCCAGGAGUUUUCUUUCUUGAAAUUCAGGCAUGGGGGCCAAAAUUGCAUCAGGACUACAGUGUGUGGGGAGGGAAAGUUUAUGGUUUUUUUCUGCCCAACCACAACCAUGACAAACAUGUUCUCUUACGCUUGUUGUUUAGUCGUGUCCGACUCUUCGUGACCCCAUGGACCAGAGCACGCCAGGCACACCUGUCUUCCACUGCCUCCCGCAGCUUGGUCAAACUCAAGCUGGUAGCUUCGAGAACACUGUCCAAACAUCUCGUCCUCUGUCGUCCCCUUCUCCUUGUGCCCUCCAUCUUUCCCAACAUCAGGGUCUUUUCCAGGGAGUCUUCUCUUCUCAUGAGUCUCUUGUGCUUAGACUUAGCAAAAAAAUCUUCCACUGGCAUCUAUUACCCCCACCUUCCAAAGUUAGGUUUCUAUCAUAGAGGCUACAAAAUACUAAGAUUUUGGGGAGUUGCUAGUCUAUAGAUGAAUUAAUUCUACUUUUUUUUUUUUUUUUUGCAUCUCCUCAUGGCAUUUGUGUCCUUAGCGCUAAGAAAUGUUUUGCAAACAUUACACACGAGACACAAUCCAGCCAAAGCUAUGCACAUUGUAUUGAUUUCAAAGGAGAUUUAAGCACAACACAUGCUGAACUUGUUUUAUAGUGCAAACCUAUGGAUUUUUUUCUCAGAAACUCAGAAGUCCCAUUGUUUUCAGGGGGCUUACUCCCAGGUAAGUAUGCCUAGGACUGCCACCUGAAGCAUUGUGCUCACAUUGGUGGCAUCCGUUUAAAACCACUGCCCUGUCUAAUGUCUCCCUUUAAUCUUCUUUUCUUCCAUUAACCCUGCUGUUAAGGCAAAGUUAAUUACAAACUUCUGGUGUUCUUUGUAUGUGUUUAAUGUCUGUUCUUUUUUUGCUAUUUAGCUUUACAGAACCGUAUGUGAACUGGGGAGAUGGUCAGACAAAUUCCUGACAGCACACUUUGCUUACCAGACUGGCAAUGUUGAUUCAUCUCUUGUUCAAUAUGCACUUCUAGCAGAAAUGGGCUAUGAAGUAGCUCAGUGCAAUUCAGCUCACAUUAUGGAAUCUGGUAAGGGAAACUUUAUCUUAUGCUGCUUACUUGCAUUCUUUAACACGGUGAUUGUGUUAAGACAAAUGAUGCUAAUAUUUUGUUACAGAAAAUGUUAAACUUCUCCACCGAGAGCAAAUAUAUCCAUUGGCUCUUCUUUUAUGGAAGCGGGCUGCAAAUCAAGGUAUGAACAGAGUUAAAAAUAACCUGUGCCUAGCUGUCCACUCUUAUUAGUAUGAUAUUUUUUCCCAUUUUGGCUCUUGCAGUUAAAUAGGAAGAAAAGAUUACAUUCAUGCAACAAUACUGAUAAGUCAUUAAAAAUCACUGUAAAAUAUUAAGAUAUUAUUUUCCUUCCCCUCCACUUAAUUCAUUGAGAUGGCAAUCCCACAGGCAUUUCUUAUAAAGUACUGAAUAACAAAAUGUAAAAAAAUGAAUGAUGUGCAUAUUAAUUGUUACCUUGUUCCUUUUACAUGGCCUUGCUACAUCAAUCUCUAUAGUGGGGUUAUUGCUUUGUUUUUGCUUUUAUUAUGUAUUUUGUGUUCUCAUUUUGUAUUUUUAUGUUGUGAACCUCCCUGUGAUCUUUGGAUGAAGGAUGGUAUACAAAUUUAAUAAUUAAUAAUAACAAAUAUAAUUCCUAUGACGAUAGAACGUUAAGUGACCUUCAAGAAUAAGCAUCCCCCAACCAACCUAGCUAUCUUUAUUCCCAACCAAUCUCACUUUUUUUUAUUACCCUCUACUUAAUUUUGUUACAUAUAAAGAAGCAAUGAAUGGUUUAAACAAUUUCGCUUCAUUGCUAUUUCAUAUGAGCCAUACAUUCUGUCAGAGAAAAGGGAGCAUAAUUUGAAAAAUGCAACCUCAUGCUCGUUCAAGCUAAUUAUUUUUUCAGUUCUUUGACAUGCCUAUCAAAGUCUCUAUGUGAUGUUUAGGGCACAGAAGUAAACUCACUGAGCAGUAAAGAGUUAGCUACCAUGAACCUUUAAUUUCUGCUCAAACAAAUCAACUAGCUAUGCCUUGUCCUCCAUGCCCUGAAGGUGACUGAAUUUUCUAAGAUGUCAGAAUAAAGAGUGCUCUCAGCUUGCCUCACUUCCUUGGACAUAAUUCAUCCCUGCCUGUCCAUUUCUUGAGACUCACAAUGGGGAACUUAGAUUUCAGCAUUUCUUUGAUCUUGGUUUUUCUUUAGAGUACUUCCUUAACCAGGACGGGUAGGUUUAAUGGUAGAAUACUGUAAUGCUUUAGCCUUGACAAUUCUAUUAAAGACUAGCCAGCAAAUCUGAACAAAGGCAUCCUCAUUCCAGGUCCUAGAACCAUGUCACCAAAUGACAUACAUGAAUUACUAUCAAAUAUUUUAAUAGAAGGGCAAAGUAUUCCCAAAGCCAAUUGCCAUUUUCAUUUGACUAAAAUUUGUAACCUACUCGAUCCCUGCGGUUUGGGGAUUCAAAGUGUGCAAACAAUCCUGUUAAAACAAAAGAGGAACAUUUUCAGAACAAAUGCAGUUUACUGUCACACUGCCAGCAUCAUUCUGAUUCCCCAGCCUAAAGACCACUAGAUCUUUGCAUUGACCAGAGUCUCCACUGCACUAUAGAAAAGCAGCAGGAUGUCCUCCACUAGUCCUGAAGCAGACCUAGGAAUGACCACAGACCCUUUUCCAUGUCCACCUCCUCUACCUAAAGAUAAGCAGGUGGUGACUGAAUGACUGCCUAGAUUGUCUUAUGCCCUUUACAGGGAGAUUCAUCUGGCAACAAUUCUUGGCAACAUAGUUUUUACUAAUUUUCCUCUUUAAACUGUUAGUUUGCAGUGGGAUAUAUCUUUGGGAGUGGGUGGCACUGUGGUCUAAACCACCGAGCCUCUUGGGCUUGCUGAUUGGAAGGUCGGUGGUUCGAAUCCGCACAGCGGGGUGAGCUCCCGUUGCUCUGUCCCAGUUUCUGCCAACUUAGCAGUUCGAAAGCACACCAGUGCAAAUCGAUAAAUAGGUACCGCUGUGGCAGGAAGGUCAACGGCAUUUCUGUGCGCUUUGGUUUCUGGCACAGCCAGAAGUGGUUUAGUCAUGCUGGCCACAUGACCCGGAAAUCUGUCUGUGGACAAACGCUGGCUCCCUCGGCCUGAAGCGAGAUGAGCACCGCAACCUCAUAGUUGUCUUUGACUGGACUUAACUGUCCAGGGAUCCUUUACGUUUACCUAUCUUUAUUAGAGCAUAUGACAUGCAACAAGUGCAUAACAAUAAAUGUGUUUCUCAUGCUGGUCUCUGACCGUAAUAAAUUUCAUGUUCAUAACAAUAAAUACUGAGAUAAAAGUUUCAGAAUAUAUUAACAAAGUUGUGUCAAAUGAUGUGUAAUAACAUGUAUUGCUUAAAUUGGUGACCAUAUGGAAAAGGUAUUUUGUAUCAAUAAUAAUUAGAAUUUAUAGGAAGCAGGAGAGGGAAAAGAAUUAAAAUAUGUACUUCAUGCACACUUCAGUGCUGUAAAGUCUGAGUACUGUUGUUCUGUCAAACCUGGGCAGUGUGUAUGGAGGUCCUGUGCUGCCCAAAUGACAAGACUCCUCUCUUGGCCUCACUGAUGUGGUCCAAAGGAACGGAAAGCAAUACAUUUGGCACUAGCUGGGCUACAGGAGUUGCCAGAAGGAAACAUACAAGAUGCCAUUCCACUCUGGAUUUGGUUAAGGUAUACUUUUUGGACUUUUCCCAAAGAAGUCCCGUAAAGCAGUGGAUAUGGAUUGUUCCUUGAGGUUUACUCCUGAAGUCUUUCUCAUAGACAAGUACAUCUGCAAGACAGUGGAGGUUUGGUUCAGAGUUUUCCUUCUCCUAAUGGGCUACCUUCCCAGGUGAAUGAGCCCCACCUGCGCCUCUACAGCUCGUGCAGAAACUGCUUUCUUGACUGUUGGACCCACUAAUGGUCACAUCCAAUCAAUCUACCAGAGCCUGUCUUUGCAUGCAGGGGAAGUCCCUAUAAGAGCUUCCUUUAUGAGGCCUCUUCUUCAGAACUACCCCAGUUACAAAGGGGUGAGAAUAUAGCACCAUAUGUAUUUAUAGCAACAUGGGCUCUGAGAGCUAGUAAUCUGGCACCGAUUCUCAAAUAAUUGCAGUUCCAGACUUUUUUUUGUGUCUCAAGGUGAGUGUAGGCUUGUUAUAACUGUUCUGUUAUGGUUAGUUUUCAAGUGCUGUUUUAUCUAUGUAUCACUGUCUCUUUGUCUUAUCUAAUUGGAUUACUACAUUGUAAGCUGCCUCACAGGUUUUAUUGGCAGGUAGCCUAAGAAACAUUUCUAAUAAAUAUUUGUCAUCCAAAUAGCUGGGAUCCAGCCAAGAACCUGAAAACAGAGUAAGUCAACACUAGUGAUGGAGAAGCAGGUGUCAUAGGUGGUCCAGUGUCUUUGUACACAUACACAGAAACCUCUUUUGGAGGGAGGCCACCUUGUUUGAAUUGCACUUUUCAGAACCACCUUCAGAACCGGUGGCACAAAUGAUAAUGACCAAGAAUUCAUUCUCUACCACCUUGGAUUGAUAGGUGCGGGAUAUUAUAAAUAACAACCACAAAAGCAAUCAUAAUAUUUUUUUCAACUAUUUGUCUUGCAGGCAAUAUAUUUGCCAGAGUUAAAACGGGAGAUUAUCACUUCUAUGGUUUUGGAAUAAAGAGAGAUUACUUGACAGCUGCGGUUCAUUACAACCUUGCUGCUAAUCAACAGAGUGCUCAAGCCAUGUUCAAUCUGGCAUAUAUGUAUGAAUAUGGUUUAGGCAUUCCUAAGGUAACAUAAUCUACGUCUGGUGCUGCAUCAAACAUUAGCUCUGCAAGUAAACUUUGGUUAUUGUUAAUAUUCUAGUUAAAGAACCAAGGUGGGUGGGACACAGAAUUUUCGUUUGGGCAGGGUUCUUGACCUGUCCAAAAAUCAGUUGAUCAAGUAUUGACUAAAUAUUGACCAACACAUCAGUAUAUUAGGAACAAUGAAGACACUGAAUAUGUUCUUCGACUGCGACAGCAGGAUAACGAGCACAGCUCAGAAAAGCUAAAGAAUUGAGAAGUCAGUAGAUUAUGAGAAUUUCCACCAUUAUUAAUGGACUAUAACGCUACAAUUGGUGGAAUAUGUUAGUCUUAUUUAACAUGUGGAACUACAAAUGACCCAGUGGCUUAGCUCCACAUUAUUCAUGCCAUGCACAAGUGUAAAGUGGUUCUGCACCCUGAAUGCAAAAAUAUUUUCCCCCAGAAGACAGUGUUUGGUUUUGCUCAGAGAGAUGCUGUUGGAAGCGGCUGCUGACAAACAUCUAUGCAAAAAGGGAUCACUACCUGCAGUGCUUUGGAUCUUGAGAUACGCUUUUAAACUACCUUUGAGGAAAUAGUGAUUCUUUUCCUCGCUAGUUUUCUAGGCUGACUGAUGCUUACAAUAUAGUAAAUCACCCCAACGCUUUAUGCUAAAGCAUGCAAACUAUGCAUACAAGCAAGAAUUCGGAUUCAGUCAAUAGAAUUUGACAAUCUUGAUUGGCCCUUACCAUAUCAAUCAAAAUGAUUUUGAGAGCACCACAAUGACAUUGCUACUGGAAGGUGCCUUAACCAUGGAUAUUUCAUAAAGCCCUUGCAAAUUUUAGAAAUGACUUUCUAUCUUUAGGAUAUACACUUAGCUAGAAGGUGGUAUGACCUGGCAGCUGAGACAAGCACAGAUGCUUUCAUACCAGUGUUCCUAGCAUAUAUAAGACUAGAAGUGAUGCACCUGUUCACAGAUCUUCAGCUUCUCAAGGUAAGUGUGAUUUACACAAACCUAACCUCUUGUAAUUUGAUUAGGGCCUGCUCUUCCAAGAUACCCUCUUUGUGAAAUUGCUCUUCACUCUUAUUUGUAGUCAUUGUAGUUGUCAAACCUAGAAUGCUCUUAGACCAGUUUUUAAGAUUCAGGGCACCUAACGUGCUCCCAACAUGCAAAUGUUGUUGCUGAUUGAAAUUUCACACCGGAGCGACUUCCUCAGAUGCAGAAUCCUAAUGAAAUUGAAAUCCUCCUGUAGAAUUCACAGAAGUGUGAUUUUAAGUAUCAAAUCUUGAAAGUGGGGCUAGAUGUGCAAAUCUAAAUGUGUUUCUACUAAGCCUAAUGGCAAUCUUUGCCUUUCCUUGAGUGGGACUCUAACUUUUCAUACUUUCUUCCCCAACCCCUAAACCCCAGCCCUGAAGCCCUAAAUCUAAUGCUCAAAACCUGAACCCCCAAACCCUAAACCUAACACCUGAACCCCUACACCUAGCCCCUGAAACUUGAACCCCUAAACCAAACCCCUGAAUCUGAACCCCCUAAACCAAAUUCCUAAACUAGGGUUAGGAUUGGUUUAGGCUUAUUGUUAGGUUUAGGAUUGGGUAGGGUUAGGUUUCAGGUGAGGGUUGGGCUUGGGAUAGGGUUAGGGUUAGGGUUACAGUUGGGUUGGGGUAGGGUUAGAGGGUUGGGUUAGUGUGUUGGGGUUACAGUUACAGUUAGGUUUAGGGUUUGGUUAGGGGUAAGGGUUAGCGUUAGGGUUAGUGGUUAGGGUUAGGAGUACAGGUUAGGUCAUUAGGGCUGGGGGUUAGGAUUAGGGUUGUGUUUAGAGGUUCAAGUUUGGGGUUUGGGUUAGGGGGUUAGGAUUAAGAAGUUUUAGGGUAAGGGUUAGGUUUAAAUUUAGAGGUUGAUUAGGGUGAGGGAGGGUGAGGGUUAGGGCUGGUGUUGGGGUUAGUGUGUUAGGGUUUAGGGGGUUAGGAUCAGCGGUUAGGGUGAGGCUGAGGGUUAGUUGUUAGUGUUAGGGGUUAUGGUUAGGUAGCAGUUCUUUUAACUUCCACCAUUUUGGAGGAGGAGGUGUUACUUGAAGAAACUUCCAGCUGUUAUGAAAGGAACUUACUUCUCCCAGAAAAACUGGAGCCUUCCACCUAUUUUUUGGUGAACAGAUUCCCCCCGCACCCAAAUCUGGAGGAAGAGGACAAAAAUGGAAGGCGGUGUAUACUGUACCAAUGCCAGAGACUCCCUCCCACAUAGGAAAAUAGUUUGGCAUUUAAACAAUCCUCCAUGUCCACCCCCAUGAACAGAAGCUUUUUCUUCUUCUUUGUGGAUGCACACUUGUUAAGGUUAUUCCUGGGUACCAAAACAAACUAGUGGGCAGAAUCGUAUCUCAGCAUUUUUUGCAGUGUAUAUUGAAACCAUGAUGUUGUGAAAAUGCUCUGUGCUAAUAGAACUCUAGAACCUGACUAUGAAUGGCAUAGGAUCCUUUGGUAAGGAGUGUAUGCCUAUUUUAUUCUUAAACUGUCCUUCACUUGAAGAAAGGACAGAGUCUAAAAUUAAGAUCAUUCUGUGAAUGCCAUUGUAGCUCAAUUCUUUUCUCUGCUCUUUGGGGUAACAACCCAAAUCCUGAGCCACAUGGGGAUUUGUCCAUGUUGUAGGUCAGGCAUAGGCAAACUCAGCCCUCCAUAUGUUUUGAGACUUCAAUUCCCAUCAUCCCUGACCACGGAUCCUGUUACAUAGGGAUGAUGGGAGUUGUAGUCCCAAAACAUCUGGAGGGCCGAGCUUGCCUAUGCCUGUUGUAGGUCCUUCUGUCAAAGUCACCCUUAUGGAGCUGAGCAAAGCUGAUGAGGGGAGGACCUGCAGCAUAGGUUCAGGAUGUUAUACUUACAUUAUAGUUACAGCACCAGGAAUGAAGCAUACAUGCCACGAACCUGAGACCAAGUAGUAACCAGUGAAGAAAGUGGAUAAUACAGAAAGAUGUUGCUCAUACCUAUUGUGCAAGUCGUAUUUGCAAAGCAAAGCUUUUCACCUUGAAAAUACUUUCUUCUUCUUCUUUUCUUCUAUAGCAAAUGGGAAACUGGAAACUGCCAGACUUGGACCACAUGCUAAGACUACAUUGGGAUCUGAUUGUGAUGAUAGUCAUUGUUUUGUUGCUUAUACUGUUGAUAAGCAGUAGGCAAAAUUAAACAGGAGGGGUAUGAAA